AUGUCUAGUCCAUGUGAGAGGGGAGGGGUGGACCUGGCAGGGGGUGGGUCGGGAGGGGGAGCCCAGCCCAGGCAGGCACUGUGUCUUGGCAGCGAUCCAGGGGAAUGUCCUGUCGAUGUCGAGGCAGGGGCCGGUGGGGGCCUCCCUCUCCCUUUCCCCUUAUGUUGGCUAAUUGGAGAGACGUGAGGAGGCAUCAUCACAUGUAGAGGACAGAGAGAAGCUGGACUAACCGCACUGUUUCUGUCAGACUAUUAGACAGUAGGCAGUGCUUGUAAUGUCAUUACAACUUACUUACUUUAAAAAAUCUCUUUGGAUAGCCAAUGUUUGUUUGCCGUUAUUAUGUCGAUAACUAAGUUAUAUUAGGCUACAUGCUGUGGGAUAAGUCAAGUGUGUGCUAAGGCUUUUCCAGGUCAGGUUGAGGCUUUGUUUAUUUUGAGCAUACCUGGCAAAUCCCCACCUGCAUCUUCAUUGAUGCUUGUCUGAAUCAGCCCAGUGACAUGAAUGGCAUUCAUACUUGGCAUAGUUUGAUUGCGUAGUGUUGACAGUGCUUUAGCGCACAUUGCAAUUGAGAACUUGUUUGUUCACUUCACUUUUGAAUGGCAAAAUAUUUCAACAUUGACUUGCAUUUCAGGUUGGAGUCCAUGUUUCCAUUUAGCCUACAUGCACGUUAGCUGUUUUACUAUACUUCAUAGAUUUUCCAUGAGUUGAACACUAAAUUACAAUCAGCUUUUGCAAUAGGCUACUUAUGGGGUAACUUCAGUACCUUGAUAAGAUGGCCUACUUGUCCUAUUAGACAUUAGCUCAAUUUCCCAUCCAUCUUGUCAGCCAUGAAGGAUUCAGUAAGUUAUCACACUCCCCCCUACAUCAGCAGGGACCCAGCCAGUCUCUCUCCUCACAGCAUCUUUCAAACACAUCAGAUCUGAGCAUGCUUUGUUCCCCCCCAGCUAAACAAAGUGCUUAGAUUUCCUCUUUCUCAGACUUUGUUGUGCUUUCUGCUUUUUUCUUUUGACAGAUUCUGUCUCUCUGCUGUGGUUGGCAACAGUGAAAGUCAGGCAGUCAAUGUCAGAGCAACCUUGAGGGAAUGCAGUCAACUGGCUCCAUUCAGGAGACCAACCCUAUACUGUUUGUUUGCUUUUUCUUCUGUCGAUUUCAUUGAGUCCUCGUGGCUUGGACAGUUUUAUUAGACUAUAGUAGUAGUGAAACUGGAAGAAGGCAUUCCAAUGCCUAAAUAGUAGAUACUAGAGUCUUUGCAGCUUUAGCGCGACUCACAUUCAUCUUAGUCCUGAUUUUUUUUUUUUGAAGGGCUAGAUCAGCUUUAAUAUUGCAGAUUGAUUGUAACUUCCAUCAAUGUAAUUGUCUGCAUCACUUCCAAUCCCCCAUAUGUUUUUUUUACGUAUGCAUGCAAUGUUUUUAUUGCAUGCAUACAUAUAAAUACAUAUCCUUUUAAAAAUAUAUAUUUCCCUUUAUUACUUUCCAACCCCACCACCCCUUCCCUAAUUGGAGUAAACUAGUGAACAACAAGGCUUAAGCCUCUACUUCCAGCUUAUACAUACUAUAUACAUUUUAUGGACACAGUCAAUUUUAUAAUAAUUCUAUUUUGUUUGUUUUUACUCCUGAACUUCCUCUACCCUCAAUCAUUUUCAUGAUGUCCAUCCGGUUUGCUACUAUAUGCCAUAUCUUUCUAACUGUGCUCUUUCACAAAAGCUCUCAACCUAUAACCUAUAUACUUAUUAUGGACACAGUAUGCUUUACGUUAGUUAUCUUGUUGUUAUUAGUCCCAUCCUUCAACUCCAUUCAACACCACCCAUCUAUCUCUUAACACCAUCCAUAUUGGAUUUCUAUUUGCCAUAUAUUUUUCAACUGUCCUGUGAUGUUUUACAAAAGUUCUGAACCCUUCUAUUCUCAUUGUUUCUACAGAUUGUAAUUUGAAAAUAAACAUUUUUGCUAAAAGUAUUAUUAUAUUAUUGAUCGAUUGACUAUGGUUUUUCAGAUCACCCAGUAGUGCUAUCUGCAGGAUUAGCUCCAGGUAAAUAUUGCAAUCCUUUAGCCAUUUCUGGACCUGUGUCCAAAAACAAGCUACAAAUGGACAGUACCAAAAGACAUGAUCUAAUGAUUCUGUCUCUUCGCAGCAAAAUCUGCAGAGCUGGGAAGAUUUUAUCCCCCAUAUAAAUAACAUUCUGUUGGUAGCAAUAAUUUUGUAUAAUAAUUUAAAUUGAACAAUUCUAAUUUAUGAAUCCGGCAUCAUUUUGCGUAUCAGUUCAUAAACACUAUGCCAUGGGAUCGGUACGUCAAAAAUCUCUUAAACUAUUUUGCAAUCUAUAUGGGACGGCUGUCAAUCCUUUGGUCCUUAAAUGAAACUGGUAUACUUUUUUAUUUAUCACAAUUUUCUUUAACCAAUUAUGUUCUUUAAUGCAGGGCCGACAGACAAGUUCCUUACUUUUUCCCCCUUGCACUUUCCUCUUCCAUUUUUGCGGUAAAGCUGCAAUUAUUUGGUUGUAAUUUUGGGUAGAGCAGACAUUUCCAUAUGUUUUUGUCCUGAGAAACUUCUUGAUCUGGAUAGUUAACUUGAAGAACUAUUAAAAACAACCUCAUAGCAUUAACAAAAGCUGAGUUUGUAAAGGUUGUGAACCAGCUAAUGUUCCACUCUGUCUUGAGUUGAAGUAGAGUGACUGUCUCACAAAUAGACCCACUGUCUCACAAAUAGACCCACUUUUCUCUCACCUCUCCAGUGGCCUAUGUGGCUUGUCAACCCAGCUAUAGUACAAGUUAUCAGAGUACCGUGCUCAACUAAGAGCUUUUCUCAAUUACCGUUAUGGUCAUGUAACUCUCCUUAGCCUUAGAAAAAAGUACUAGGGUACUUUCCCUUAUUGAGUGAGUCACAGCCCACAAUCCACAUUUCUCUGGCAGCUUAGGCUGCGUUCAGACAGCCUAAUUCUGAUCUUUUUUUCUCUCCUUUUGACCAAUCAGAUCAGCUCUGAAAAAGAGCUGAUGUGAAAAGACCAAUUAGUGGGAAAGAAUAUCAGAAUUGGGCCGCCUGUCUGAGCGCAGCCAUUGACAGCCUUGUCCAUUGGCCAAGUAUAGAAACUGACAGACUCCCCAUGCCGCCUCUAUACACUGCAAUAUGCUCAAUAGUCUAGUCUAUAUGCCUUUGGCACAACAUAAGCUUUUUAUCAUAUUAAGUUGUGAUUUCUUUACCUAAUGAACCUGCCAGAACAUAAGUUCCCUAUUGACUUGGCGAGGAAGCAGCUAGCAAAGACAUUGAGGUCUAAUAAAUUCUGAAAGAGAACUUCAAAGGAGUUUUAUUCUUAGCUUUCGUUGUGCUCUCAACGCCGCCAGCCAGCAACCAAGAGUAUGAAAAUCACCACCCUCUUUUCCAUUCAUUGAGUCAGCCCAGCAGCAUAGUUGAGAUAGCUGUUGUUGUUCCCACUCAUAAUGGCUGCAUAUUGCACUGGUGACUGGAAUGGGCAUAAUGCUCCAAAACUGAAGAGGUUGACACUUUAUUACUUCAUUUGGGGAAUUUACAGGCUUGUUUUCCCAUCCGUUGGUGUUAAAGCUGCAAUGAGCAAUUGAAACAAUAACAAAGCCAACUCCCCACCCCUGUUUCGGUAAAAAGCUGAGGGAUGGGACUGGAUAAAUGUAACCACCCUCAAAUUCAUAGACUGUGCUAUGGAUGCAAGUACUGACCAGCCAUGAUUUCAAAAUUAUAGUUUUAACCAUGUUUUGAGGCUAAAUAUUGUUUACAUUUACUUUGUUUACAAACAUUGGAGUAAAACAAGCUUAUAUUUUGGGUUCUGAUGUGGUACGACAGUUAAACUAAGCUCAUGAGGCAUUUAUACGUUUUAUAUUUUUAAAGAAUCAAUGGGGUACAUUUAUAAGUCCAAAAAUGUAUAUAGCAACUGCUGAUUGCCCCUUUUAAGCUAGACUAGACUAAGGCUAGUGCCAGAGCUGGCCGAAAGCAGUGCACUAUAUAGGGAAUAGGGUGCCAUUUCAGACACAGCCUAAGACUACACUAGUCUCCUCAGUCUUUAAUGGUGGCUGUAGGAUUACUACUCUCCAGGCAGGUUGUGGGUAGCCGCCCUGGAUAAUGGCUGUGUAAAAGGGCUCAGGAGAGCUGUGGCUUUCCUAAUGCCUGGCUGCAGGAAAGCAAAAGGAAGAGGGAUGAGGACUGUGGUGGCUUCACCCCCCCCCCCCUCUCUUCCCUUCCUCCUCCUUUCCUCCAUGGCUUUGCUCCGUUCUUCGUUCGUGCAGUGGCGCCGUUAGCCAGAAGGGCUACAGAACACCUGUUUGCCUUGGGGCCAUCAUGGCAACCUUGGCCCUGUGUCAGGGACGUCUAGCUCUGCUCUGCACACUGCCCUACAGUCUUAGCCUGACUCUCUCUCUCUUUCUCUCUCUUCCCCCUGCUCUUCCCCCUCUUCUCCUCUGGCUUCCUUCCUUUCUCACCCAAGGUGGAUGGGUAGAAUUAAGCUUCGCCUUUCGUCUGUUUCUCGAUCUCUUUUCUCCGUAGCGCUCUCUUUCUCGCCUUCCUCCAUCUUGCUGCGUUUCGUUUUUUCCUCCCCAGUGAGCUUUCUCUCUCUUUUCUCUCUCCCUUCACAGAUGCUCUCCUCUCGUCUUCUUGGCCUGUCUCCCUCUCCCGACGGCUGUCGUUCUUAAUUGGUGUUGCUCUGCCCGUCUUUUCAUCCUCUGGUUUUCCCUCUACUCCUCCCCGGUGUGAUCAGCAGCUCCAGCAUCUCUCUGUGAACACGUCUCAGACUCCCUGUGCUGCUGUCGUCACACACACACACACACACACACACACACACACACACACACACACACACACACACACGUUAGUCCCUCUUAACAAGCGCUGCUAUUUUUGUGUAGCAGGUUCCUCAUAGACCGUAUGUCUUUCCUCUGUUAUGCUUUCUGUCUGCGUUGAUUCUGGUCAUGCGGAGUUUAUAUACCGCUCAGAGAUGGAAGGAAACCUUUGCAAUGCGACGCCUUUGAAUGCUCAACUCAGCAACACUUUUUAUCCAUAAACAAUUGUUAGUGUGCUAUAAAGCGGCUAAACAAAUCAAUCUUCAUAUACAAAGCGAGUGUAAUCCAAAAACGUGGAAAGGUGAAUUACAUGUAUCUAGGCUAUAGGUCUUCCACAGUAUAUAACACCGGCAUAUGAUACUGUAUAGGCCUACUAGACCGGCGUGCCAGGAAGGUUCAGAGAGCGCUGCUUCACCAGAACAUAUGUCAGCUAGUCUCUCUCUGUGUGGAGUGCCUCUGCCAGGCAGGUGUAACUUGAUCCCCAACCAACCUGACGUGUCAGCCUGACUCUGGGGGUGUCAGCAGCUCAGUGGAGACAGACAGGAACAGAAGGGCAAAGUCCCACUGCCCUUGUCAUUUCCCCUAAGCUGGUGCCCUCUCUCUGUCUGUAUCGCCAUCUCUCUCUCUUUAUCUCGCUUGCUUCCUGUCUCUUUCUCUCUUGUUCGGUCAUUAGACAACUAUCCUAUUUGACAACCUAUACUGUACAUUUCUCUUUCUCUCGCUUUUCAUUCUCAUCUUUUGCUUUUCUCUUUCUUCCUCAGUCCUCACCUGGCUCCCUUGAGUGUAAUUAGAAGUGAGAAGCACCAUCCUCACCUCCACCCGUUACGACUGUCCUGUCUCUGGAGGGAACUCCUGUGAGGAGGAACUCCUGGAGCAGACAGAGCGGUUGCUUCAGUGUCAUAGCUGGAUGCAGUACUGUCUCGGUCUUAGUCGGCACAAUUUUGCUGCUUUUUGGGGUCUUUUCAGAUUAGGCACAGCUGCUCGUUAAGUCUUCAAAUUGUACUGUGCUUUCUAGGAUUAGAUUGAAUGGCAACUAUUUUGGGUUUAGUGUUAGACAGUUACAACACUAAGACACUGUUAGGGACAGAGCACUGGCACUGUGCUGUCAUGUUAAAUCUCUGGCUCAGACCAGACUAGUAUAACAUUGACUUGAAUGGGGAUGCCCGUUCUAGUUAAUCUAUUUCUAUGAAGGCUGUAGGGCACAUUCAGCACACUAACAAUAAAUUAUUUUGAGCUAGUCUGUGCAGCGGUGCAGAAAUUGAUAUCUGUAACAUGAUAUCUUGGGAAAAGCCUACACAGGCUAAAUGUUUUAUUUAACCUUUAGUUUGACAGGGAGUCAUGCUGAGACCAAGGUCUCUUUUACAGAUGAGCCCUGUAAUUACCAAAAAUAUAGGUUACACAUCAAUAAAUUCACAUUAGUGAACUUUAGGUUUAGAUUUCAAUGCUUCUCCUAUGGAUGAGUGGGGCGCAGUAGCACAACAGUGAACAAUGGCUUGUUAUGAUCUUGGAUACAGGAACACAGUCAGGUGGUUGUGCUGUACAGCGUGGUGUGUUAGUUCAACCUCUACUAGCCUGCUACCAAAAUAGACUGACCGUCAUUCUUAAUCCGUUUACUUAACCGUGUAUUUUCUAGGAAAUGAGGUAAAUAAAUAAAUGUGCGUGGUGUAGUAUUAUUGUCAUAACCCCUCCCCCUCUUCUGAUCUCCUCUGUCAUAAACUGGCUCACCAGAUGGGCUAUGUAUGGGAGAUCCCAUGUUAUUAACAGCUAGGACGGUGGUAGGCUAGUAGGCACUAAGCAGUAGAUGGACUGAGUGGGAGGCUCUAUUUCGGAAAAUUCCAGCACACAAAGGGUUCCGCCGGAUAUUUUUACAUCCCGAUCCAAUUCCCCUCCUUCCACCCCUUUCUAUUCUGAGGGUAAUUUCAACAUUCAGAACAGUGCCAGCUAGCCUAAACCCCCCCCUUUUGGACAGGUGCCAAGGAAUAUCCGAGCAGGGGGGAUGGUGGUGGGGAGAGAUGCCAGUUAGACUGACGGGGUGUUGUGAUUGGUCGAGGGGGUAGUAGGGGGCAGAUGAAGGAGGAAUGGUAGCCUAUGGGGUUGUUGGAUUGUUAGCGCCGUGCAGGAGCGCUGGUCUGGUUAAUAGGCAGAUCUGAGAGAGGAGGCACUAUUGAGCACCUACUUAUUACCAGGCAGAGAACCAACCAGCCUUUCUGCCCAAUUAGAUACUAGUGCACCACACACACUGUUCCCUCUAUAAUGAAUAGGAGUCUGAUAGUGUGUUUUACUGUCCUCCCUCAGUCAUUACAGCUAGACAAGUCCUCUGUCAGUAUUCCCUACUGUUAGGCAGUAUACUAGCUGUACUGUAGAUUGACAGUUGUUAAUGGCCAUGCUUGCCAAUUUCUUUCUGUCUCUUGUCUCUCUUGCUCUCUCUCUCGCUCUCUCCCCCUCGCUCUCGCUCUCUCCCCCUCGCGCUCGCUCUCUCCCCCUCGCGCUCGCUCUCUCCCCCUCGCGCUCGCUCUCUCCCCCUCGCGCUCGCUCUCUCCCCCUCGCGCUCGCUCUCUCCCCCCCGCGCUCGCUCUCUCCCCCUCGCGCUCGCUCUCUCUCCCCCCCCUCGCGCUCGCUCUCUCUCCCCCCCUCGCGCUCGCUCUCUCUCCCCCCCUCGCGCUCGCUCUCUCUCCCCCCCUCGUGCUCGCUCUCUCUCCCCCCCUCGUGCUCGCUCUCUCUCCCCCCCUCGCGCUCGCUCUCUCUACCCCCCCCUCGCGCUCUCUGUGUCAGAACAUGGCUGUCCCUAUGGACACUCCUCCCCACCAUUACUCAAUCUCAGCCUGCCUCUGCCUGUCACUUUGAUUGACAGUUCCCUUCCCCUACCAACAGGCAACACACCGGGAGGCGGGCCUGUCAUUACUCUCCUGUCAUUAUUAUGAUUAUUCAUUAAUGUAUUCAUAUUCAGGCCCCUAUGGACACUGUCUGCAGACACUUUUUCUGACUGUCUAAGUCUGGCGAAACUCACUGGCCGCUCUGCUACAGCAGUCAGCGCCAGUGUGUGUGUCAUUCACUCAGGCACUGAGAAAAAUGUGUGUUUGUGCCCUUCCUAUUGCUGAGGACAGAGCACAAUGGCCGAUUGUGCAUGGCAGGCCUGAGUGUGUGUGUGUGUGUGUGUGUGUGUGUGUGUGUGUGUGUGGAGGCAGUUGAAGAGGAUGGUGAGAUCCCAGAGUCCCAGGAUAGCAGGCUGGAUAUGCGGUGAGAGGAACACCCAGUCAGUUGGAAGCUGUCAAGUAGUAUUGACCACUGAGUUUUCCCAUUGGCCAGAUAAUAACCAGAAUGUCUACUAUGAGUGGCACUUACCUAGCUGGCAACACUGACCAGAUUGGAAUGGAUAACCGGCACUAGCAGGCUUUAGACACACACGUACGUACACACACACACACACGCACACACACACACACACAGGCUCCCCCAGUCCUCUACUCAUGCCUUUAAUAGUUUCCAGGAACCGUCACCAAAUUUCAGCCAAAACAAAUAAAGGCUGACAUAUACCUCUGGCUCUCCAGCUAUCUGAUCUCUCCUUUGGCUGCUUGGCUGGCGACUGGAGACAGACUUUGGGAAAUGCUUAGAGUUUGUUCUUUCUCUUUCUUUCGCUCUCAUUCUUUCCUUUUUUCUAUCUCUUUUCCCCUCUGUCAGUUUCCGGGUGACUCUCCUUUUGCUCCCCCCGCUACCCCCAGUCUCUCUCUGGCCAUGAAGGAAAUUGCAUUUAAGAAGCAACUCAGUGUGUUACUUCUGAAAUGCUGUAUGUGCUUGGCGUCUAAAAGUCUUCUCUGGAAAAAGUUUGCUAGCUCUGACAUUGACCUCUAAGCGGAUGAAAGGGAAAUUGUAGAUCUAGGUUACUGAACUUAAAGCCUGCUGCUCCUCUCUGCCCUGUUCUGAAAACCUGCCCUUUCUAUUUGCAGCUGAGAGAAGCUUAACAACACGAGAAAGAGAACCAUUUGAUGGAAGAAAAUAAAAAUAAAAAGCAAGAAAAGACCAAGAAGGAAGCUGCUCAGAAACAGGUGAGUGGUGUUAACUUUAUCUCCUCUCUCUCUCGCUGUCUUCGCUGUCUCUCGCGUCUCGCGUCCGUCUCUCUCUCUCUCUCUCUCGUCUCUCCUCUCUCUCGCUUCUCCUCUCUCGCUGUCUCUCUCUCUUGCGUCCGCUCUCUCGCGUCUCUCUCUCUCGCUGUCUCGCUCUCUCUCGUCUCGCUCUCUCUCGCUCUCUCUCUUCGCUGGCCUCUCUCUCUCGCUCUCUCUGCCCUCUCGCUCUCUCUCGCUCUCUCGCUCUCUCUCGCUGUCUUCGCUCUCGCUGUCUCGCUCUCGCUGUCUCGCUCUCUCUCGCUGUCUCGCUCUCUCUCGCUGUCUCGCUCUCUCUCGCUGUCUCGCUCGUCUCUCUGUCUCGCUCUCUCUCGCUGUCUCGCUCUCUCUCGCUGUCUCGCUCUCUCUCGCUGUCUCGCUCUCUCUCGCUGUCUCGCUCUCUCUCGCUGUCUCGCUCUCUCUCGCUGUCUCGCUCUCUCUCGCUGUCUCGCUCUCUCUCGCUCUCUCUCUCUCUCUCGCUGUCUCUGUCUCUCUCGCUGUCUCUUUCUCUCUCGCUGUCUCUUUCUCUCUCUCUCUCUCUCGCUGUCUCUUCUCUCUCUCCUCUCUCUCUCUCGCUGGCUGUUUCUGUCUUUGUCUCAUUCUAUCUCCUCAAACCGAGUACCUCCUUCCAAAAAACGUUUACAUCAGACUACACCGACCCCCCCCCCCCCCCCCCCUUCUCCCUCCCUCCUCUCCUCCAUUCACUUCUGUUCCCCAGGUAGGUGUGUUCAGUUCAGUAUAGUCGCUAUAUGACUGUGAGUGUGGGAGUUCCUCCCUAGCUUAUCCUCAUGGAUUAGCCUAGAGCCUGUAACCCUGCAGGCAGCUCACUGCCAGGUGUAUGGACCCUAUUUAAAGACAGAUUAGAGCUGGACUCCAUGGCUCAAGGGAGGCUAGCACACUAGCUACACACACUGCUCUGUUGGAAACACUAGCCUGGCUCUGGUAAAUUGUCCAUUGUAUGCACAUGUACCAAGGAGAUGUUGUUCUCGCACAUAGACACACGCCAUUCAUGCACAUUCAUACAAUUGUACACACAGGCAUUUAAAAACACAAUGAUAUGCACAUGUAUUUAAAAACACACACACCCUAGAGCCCGACAGAUAAAUCGGUUGACCGAUAUUAUCGGUCGAUAUUAGCCUUUUCACGUAAAUAUUUGUUUCUGUCUUUAUUCCACAGAUAAAGCGCAGAUAUUAUAUACAUACAUUUUCAAUGGUUGCCUGAAGAGGGCGCUCUAAGAGCUUCUCAUUGAACAUCAUUCAGCCCUUCAUGAUAGAGUGGGCAUGGUGGCUUUCCACCACCAAUGAUGGCAUAUUAGAAUGAAUAAAUAAACAAAAGUUAGCUUCACCAAGAAAGGAGCCCUGUCCUCCUCAUAUGCUCACUUAGCUAGCUAUCCAGCAAUGAAGUUAGGCUCUAUCUAGCCAGGAAGGUAGUUAGCCUAGCUAGCUAGCAAUCUGUGCUACUUAUCUGCAAACAUUGGACUGGCCCCAAAGUGAACACUGACUCAUCCGUGAGCGUGUGACUAAAACCAGUGCGGCAAGCAUUUUCCUGCAUGAACGUUUUCAGUAAUCAGCGCAUUCCAUUUGCAGUUGAAAUAUAUAGCCAAUACAUUUUUUUUUUUUAUUGAAUAACAGUAUAAUUCACAUGAUGGUUUCAAUAAGAAAACAUUUUCGUAAUGAACAGCUAGCGCGUGCUUGUCAUAAGCUCUUAUUGCGAGGUUGCCAUAGUGUAUCGUUACAUGGCCUUUGACUGUUGUAAAGCGCUGUGGUGAAUCUACUCAAUACAUGCUGACGGUGACAUCUAGUGGCGAUAUUACGAACUCAUUCUUGUUUAUUAGUGCGCUUCAGCGCAAACACUUCUGCAUUCUUAUCAACUGCCAUAGAUGGACACAUCUUUAAGUUGUACCUAAGAAGGUCAACUGAACAAGUGUUUUGUAUUUACUUUUGUAUUAAUAGAGGAUAUAGUGGCAUUUUGGUGGUUAGCAUGUUCUUAAAUAAUGUUAAUUUAAUAGUUAGUUACGGAAUCAGUAUCUGUAACUUCUUUUCACAAAUUGUGCUCCAAAGGAUUAUGUUUUUCAAAAUGUCUAUUUUUCAUUCCACAGCCUGUAGUUAUCACGUUCCACUCUACUUCCACUAGCCAGCAGCCGUGCCAAGGCACUUUAUAGCAGGCGUUUACCCAGGUGGGCUUGUUUGGGUCUUGGAGACUGAGGCGUUUUACCCUGCAUGUCUAGACUGCCCGUUGUAUGUCUCAAUGUCCCACAUCCCUACAUUUUCAGCUAAUUUCAAUCGGAUUUUCAUUUAAGAUAUUUGGCCAGUCUUUGUAUGAAUAUGUGAUUGUGGGCUGCAUCCAAUUUGGCAGCCUGCAAUGUAAUGAAGUUCUACUGGGAAUAUAAUUUCUCAUGUUUACUUUGAUUAUGAGUUUGUUCAACAGUUUCCUUUCCUGUUGUGGAAAAGUACAUAAAUUCCUUCCUCUAAUGCGGUAAUUUUUUUGUUAAUGACCAACUUUUAUGACAUACCGUUUUGGUAGCGCCACGUUAAUCAUUGAACAAAAACAACUCUACGUUUACAGCUGUUGACUUCUCUCUCUGUGUCUCUGUCUGUGUGUCUUCUAGGCUGCUGAGGAGAAAACCAAAGGUGAGUGGAAUGACUAACUUCCGCUCCUAGCCGCAUAGCUUUUUAAAAAGACAUGCAAAUGAUUGACACACACACGGCCCUUAUCACCUCUGAUUUAAGGGAGUUGAUAUGAGCCGUAAAGGCGUAGACAUGCAGAUAACGGCUGUAUAGCAGCAGGUCCCUGUAGCCUACAGCUAACACAUCGAGUCAGUCCAGCGUCGUCUAACUAACACACACUGACUCCUCCUCUGAGCUCAGCAGUGCUGGCCAAUGAAGCGUGAGGAGGGCACCCAGAUGGGAGCUCCUAACAGUGGGGAGAGAGGGGUUGGGGGAUGGAGGGGGUUUGGGAGGGUAAGGAGUUCACUCAGUUCCGUGGGCGACAGUCUUUUAAGGGGCAUCUUGCCUUCUACGGUUCCUUGUUCCUCUCUCUCCCAGCAGCAUGUGUGCCUCGCAUCUGUAGUAUGUGAAGUAUGCAUGCUGUUUCUGCAUGUGUUCCCAUUUGUGCACGUCAAACGUUUCUUAUUGUAUUUAGCCAACGGAUUAGUCUAGUGUGUGUGAGAAAUGUGUCAUUGCGUGUGAACAAGCCUAGGUGUCAUUGUUAGUGCGUAUUAGGCAGAUGGGGCCAGGGCUUUGGUCCACUCUAAAGCCCAUUAGAGCAUCUGUUCAGGUUGCACUGGUCAGCACCUCGCCCUCUAAAAGCUGUGUGUGUGUGUACUGUGUGUGUUUGUGUUACCAGGGAUUGGCCCCAACACACCCCAGGCGGUCUAACAGCUAGCUAACAGCCCUAGCCAAUAGCCAUUGGUGUUUGGCCCGACGUCCGUUGGCGUUUUGUAGAGGUCAAUGGCACUUUCUUGACCUCUGACCUCAUUAAGGUCUGCCUCAUUAUCUCUGGGGGGGAGACUCGGUGCUCCGUCUGUUGGUGUUGGUGAGUCAUCCAGUGAGAAGGAACCAUUUUAAGCGGAGGGGUGACGGAGGGCGUCUAACAGACUGAGGUGGUUAGUUAGAAGUCGGAUGACACUGAGGAGAAGUGUAAAAACAGAGAAAUAGGGAAAAAUGGAGCGAGGGAAAGGAAGUGAGUAGGAAAGAAAGUGGGAUGUGUGUAUUCAAGCAUCAGCCUACAGAGUAUAGGGCCAAAAAGGAACUUGUGGAGCUGAAACAACUAAAUUGACACAGUAUAGCCUACCUUUAAAGUAAGCAAGAGAGAGAAAAUGUUCUCCACUCAAUUUGCUACAGAGCCCUCUAAGUAGCAUAUGACUUACUUCAGUUAGCAUCCAUGUCACUAAAUAAGGUGUGUGUGUGUGGGCAAAUCAGUAUGCAGCUGUGAUGUCUCUCCAACCAUAUCAAUGAUCUCUCAUCACUCUCUCAAACACACACGCACUCGUUUGUACACCCACAACCCCCCAGCCUCAUCCCUUCUCCAAUCACCUCUCCAGCUUCCUCCUCCUCCCUUCCUCUCACGUUUCAAUUUGUUUGCGGUAAUCGAUCUUGCCUGGCUCGUUCAUAUGUAUGAAAAUUCGAUAAGGCACCGGCGCUGCGGAAUUAACUCCUGUGCCCCCCAUUAGCAAUGGAGGUCCAGUGAGACGGGGGACCAGCCACCAUCCUCCCCCACCCAGACAGUCCCUGUUGGGGUAGAGAGAGAGAGCCUCAGCCCUCUAUUAGCAUGGAGGGUAGGGGGACGCUGAUUAUUCCCCACAAUCAAACCCCUUCGUGCUGCACACACACAUAAUGCACCACACACACACCAUGCACCACACACACCCUCUACACCUAGCUCCCCAUCCCUAUUGGGACCGGGAGACUCAAUCCAGCUCUCCCUGUGAUUGGAGAAAAUGCUUAGUGUGGAAUUGCAAACAGCCCAGGCAAUGAUAUGCUUUCAAAGCCACUGCAACACUACCUUUCACUGUAUGCACACGCAAACCCACACACACAUCAUUAAAUAAGUUAUGAGAACACACGGAACUGGCUCGGCGUGACGCAAAUGCAAUUCAUGGAAACAGGUGGCGGCUUCUGAGUUUUUGUGAGCGAAAUCCGUCAGUAAUACCCGGGUACGGCUGACGCGUUCUUUACCCAGCCCUGGUGUAAUCAGAAAAACAGCGACUGCCUUUUUAAAGGGUUGAAGAACAAAAUGUAAUGCAUGUCAAUCGGUGUCAAUCUUCCAUCUACGUUUCACUUUAAGGCGUGGGCAUGCUUCAGUUCGGCUGGCUGCUAGCUGAAGUCAGCUAGGUGAACCGAACGAGUGUGCUUGCAAACUCCCUUAAAAGACCUUUGCUUGAAAAAUGAGAAAAAAUAGGUAAAGUACGUUUGUCCAUUUUGAGACGCCGUAGCCAGUAUAUACUUCCUUAAAAUAGUCCUAAUUAAUCUAAUAGCUCUUAGUCGCGCAAUUUUACAUCUAAGUAAGAUGUUUGGUGCAGUAUUUCUCAAUGAAAAAAUGUGCAUGAAACGGAGGAGUCUCUCGUUGAAUGACAACUCUAUUGAAGAAUCCCUAGUUGACCAAUCACUGACGAAGGGGCGUAGUCUUCGGCUUGCCCGAACAGACCAAAAAAAAACAUAACAACGUUCAAAAUGAACAAAAACGUCAGUGUCGUCAUAUUAUAUGCACAAACUCUUCCGAACUGUUUUCGGCCGUGAAGCAUGCAAACACCGUUACCCAUGCUGUUUUCUCCCCUUCCUGGGAGACACCUCUGCCCUGCUACCAUGGCGACCCACCACCAAUUGCCACGGUGACUGACAAAUUUACACGGUGUCACCACUGCGACAUUAUAAUAUGCAUAUUGGAUUAAUUUGCAAUUUCACAUUAAAUUAAUUGUGUCAACACUUUUUAGUCGGAUUUCAUGAAUCGCAAUCUAAUUGGGGGAUAAUUUACUUUCCCGUGGGGGGAGGGGCGCCGUCGCUUUUCUGUGUGUAACUGCAACAUUAAUAAAUACUCUGUAAAUUAAUAGCGAGUGAAUGGAUUCUGGUUUACGUCCCGUGGAUUAAUGGAUGCGAAAUAUAAUUGUUUUAUCUCUUCUCUUUGCUUGCAUGUCAAGUGGAUGGGGUUUAUUAGGGGUAGAGAGAGGGAGGGGACAAAGAGAGAGAUGAGGGGGGAGAGCGAGAGGAUCCCAAAACAAUGGCCCUCUCUAUUUUCUCCAUGUAUUCAUGUUGGAUUAUCACUCACACGCCGCAGACAGAAGAGGCAAUUCAAUACAUCCUCAGUUAUACCACAGCUGAGAGGGCUCAUGUCACAUUUAGAGGCAGAUUAAUAUAUAAGCGUAUGUGCUGAUAUGAAUGGCAUUUAAUGAAGAGGAUCCUUUGUAUGGAGGGGAGGAGAGCAAGACUGCCUGGUAUGUCUGGAAGAGGCGGCCCUCCUGUCUUUUGCUUCAGGUCACAUUCAGCCUCUUCAUGUCCAAACCACCACCACCACUCUGCCAUUUUAUGUGGGAAGACUGACAAAUCAUAUCUAUGUGGGAAGCAUAAGGCACGUGGAUAUAAGUGGUCCUUGAGCACAGAUCUAGGAUCAGCUUACCUUCUCCUCACCAUAAUGUGUAGAAAACACACAACUGACCGUAGAUCAGUCUUUGGGCAACCUCCUCCUACUUUGGAUAAACUGUAUGGAUAAAGGAAAACUGACUGAAUCGUAUCUAAGUGUGGGACUUUGGCUUAGUGUUAUCUACCCAUAGUUAACUGCAGCAAAUUCUAACAAGCCAUCUCUAUGAAUCGUUUCUAUAAUCUCCUAAAGCAUAUAGAGUGGAGAGAAUGGCUUGACACUGCUGAGAUGAGCCCUCUGCUCAUUAGUGUGUGUGUCAGGGCUCAGGGUGGGGGUCACAGGAGGCACACAGAGCAGAGGUGCAUUAGGCAGGGAGACAGUGCUCAUCUCCAUGGUGAUGGCCUAGUACCCAGGGAAGGGUGAGGGGUGGAAAGCUGUGCCUUUAAGUCUCUCUGUCUGUGUCUCUCUGUGUGUGUGUGGGGGGGGUCUCUGACCCGCUACAGGGUUUACUACUGACAGAUGGAACCUCAGACACCCCCACCCCCAUGGCACGCACUCACACAAGAGACUGUCUGGGUGUAUCCUAACAAGCAACCAUCAACACUCAAAGCUACUGCUCCUUCAGUACCUCUAAAGUCUAUAGUCCCUCUUAACCUUUAGUACAGGCCCAUCAGUCCUCUCAACUACAGUGGAUCCACUUAAACAAGACCACUAAACACAAAGACACCUCAUCGGUCAGAUGGUUUAGUUAAAUCUCAGUUACAUCACUUCUUUCUAAUGCAUUUCUUGGAUAUGAAAAAUAUGGCUUUUCGUGAAGUCACAUUUGAUUUUCAAUGAGAAUCAUGUAUGUAACCCAAUACAGGAGGCAGAUGAGCCUUUUCUAUAAUCCACUUCUAUGGGGUUGAGAUCUGGAGACUGGCUAGGCCACUCCAGGACCUUGAAAUGCUUCUUACGAAGCCACUCCUUCGUUGCCCGGGCGGUGUGUUUGGGAUCAUUGUCAUGCUGAAAGACCCAGCCACGUUUCAUCUUCAAUGCCCUUGCUGAUGGAAGGAGGUUUUCACUCAAAAUCUCACGAUACAUGGCCCCAUUCAUUCUUUCCUUUACACGGAUCAGUCGUCCUGGUCCCUUUGCAGAAAAACAGCCCCAAAGCAUGAUGUUUCCACCCCCAUGCUUCACAGUAGGUAUGGUGUUCUUUGGAUGCAACUCAGCAUUCUUUGUCCUCCAAACACGACGAGUUGAGUUUUUACCAAAAAGUUCUAUUUUGGUUUCAUCUGACAAAAUGACAUUCUCCCAAUCCUCUUUUGGAUCAUCCAAAUGCACUCUAGCAAACUUCAGACGGGCCUGGACAUGUACUGGCUUAAGCAGGGGGACACGUCUGGCACUGCAGGAUUUUAGGGAGGGAGAUUAUCAGUGGUCUUGUAUGUCUUCCAUUUCCUAAUAAUUGCUCCCACAGUUGAUUUCUUCAAACCAAGCAGCUUACCUAUUGCAGAUUCAGUCUUCCCAGCCUGGUGCAGGUCUACAAUUUUGUUUCUGGUGUCCUUUGACAGCUCUUUGGUCUUGGCCAUAGUGAAGUUUGGAGUGUGACUGUUUGAGCUUGUGGACAGGUGUCUUUUUAUACUGAUAACAAGUUCAAAUAGGUGCCAUUAAUACAGGUAACGAGUGGAGGAUAGAGGAGCCUCUUAAAGAAGAAGUUACAGGUCUGUGAGAGCCAGAAAUCUUGCUUGUUUGUAGGUGACCAAAUACUUAUUUUCCACCAUAAUUUGCAAAUAAAUUCAUAAAAAAUCCUACAAUGUGAUUUUCUGGAGAAAAAAAAUCUCAAUUUGUCUGUCAUAGUUGACGUGUAUCUAUGAUGAAAAUUACAGGCCUCUCUCAUCUUUUUAAGUGGGAGAACAUGUGUUCUACACACAGCCCUCCCCCACUAUAAACACGGUCACAUAUUAAAAUGCGUCCUCAUCACACAAUGGCAGCACGUAGCUAACCUCUGAAUGGACGAUUCCUAGAAACCUUCAAAGCCAGGCGCACUGUCCGUACCAACCAAUCACAAUGGCUCCUUAUGCACCAGGGCCCGCCCACUUGCCCAUCAUCCUUUCCGCUCAUGCUUUUUCUUCUCUUUCAGUAUAAUUAACCAUUGAGAUUGGGGGACAGGAGGCCAUAAUUACAAGUUUGGCGGAGAGUGCUUCUCCUCCAUUCAGAGGGUUUAAUGGAAUUUACAGUGUGUCGUUAUAAUGGUUUAUUUAGGGCCUCCCUAGUGGCGCAGUGGUCUAAGGCAGUCUUGUCCCAUCUGCCACUAGAGAUCCUGGUUCGAGUCCAGGCUCUGUCGCAGCCGGCCGCGACCGGGAGACCCAUGGGGCGACGCACAAUUGGCCCAGCGUCGUCCAGGGUAGGGGAGGGUUUGGCCGGCAUGUUCCCAUUGCGCACUAGCGACUCCUGUGGCGGGCCGGGCGCAGUGCACGCUGACUCAGUAGCCAGGUGUACGGUGUUUCCUCCACACAUUGGUGCGGCUGGCUUCCGGGUUAAGUGGGCACUGUGUCAAGAAGCAGUGCGGCUCGGUUGGGUUGUGUUUCGGAGGACGCAUGACUCUCGACCUUCACCUCUCCCGUGUCCGUACGGGGGUUGCAGCGAUUGGACAAGACUGUAACUACCAAUUCGAUACCACGAAAUUGGGGAGAAAAAGGGGGUAAAAUAUUUAUUUAAUUGACACUCAUUUGAACAUCAAAUAGUGUUUUUAAGGCUUUAGCGACCCCAAAGGAUCCAGUAUUGCAGUUUGUUUUCAUUAUUUUCUUUGUUUGCACUCCAUCUCUCUCGUUCUCGCACUCUCAUUUGCUCUCUUUCUCUAAUUCUGUAUACCAUUCUCUCUCUCUCUCAUUCUCCAUUCAUUCCAUCUUUCAUUCUCUCCCUUUACUGUGCCUCUCCCUCUGUGUGUUCCUACUAUCUCUCAAUCUCCCCUCCAAGUCAUUGGUGUAUGACAGUGUCACACGUAUCACCUGCUAUCUCUCCCAUCAGAUAUGCAGUUGAAUCUCCCAUAUCUCUCCCAAAUGAUAGCGCUAGAGAACUUGACUAGACAGCAUUUUCAUAUAGCUUUCUCUCAUCCUAGUGAAGGGAUUUGGUUUCCCCUUGCCUCGGAAAUCUCCCCCAAAGCGCUUUAGCGUUUGUUAUGGAUCAAAAACGAACUCUUCCCCCAAAAUGAAAAGUAAUGUUUUGCUAAAUCUUUGUUUAGAGCAGAGAGAUGUCCUCUAUUGUAUCGUAACCACCAUUCAUGCUCACACGCUCUUGCACACAGACUCACAGCUACUCUCUCCUGAGUACACUCUUUUUCACUGAGAGAGUUAUUAAAUGCAGAUUAUUCCAAAGAUGGCUACACAUUACCCAGCUGGCUAGAAUAACAACAGCAAUUUCACAUCAUAGUCUAGAUAGACUGUGAUCAUUUACACUCACAACAUAGUGCUUUAAUAGCUUUUUAAUUGUGUUGUAAAAGCACCAGUGUUGUCAUAAACAGAGGCUACUGGAGAAUAGAGUGGAACCACAUCACUACACACACCCACCCACCCACACACACGCACCCCAACCCCCCUCAGACACACUCGCAUAAUGUGGGAAUGUCCACACUCACAAUGUACACCCUCCCCCUACGUCAUAGAACCUGUGAUUCAUAGUGUGUGUGGUGGGGGGGGGGGGGGGCUGGAGGCUGCCGGCCUCUGUGAGCAAUAACAGCCCAGCAGUCCAUCUGCUUCCUCUAAUGGAUUCAGAGCAGCAGUGAACAAUGAGAGUGACUGAAUUGGAUGAACGAGGGGGAGGGAGCGCCAGAGAAAAAAGGGUGGGAGGGAGAUGGACAGGUUGAAGGGAGGGGGGCUGACACAGAGGGAGAGAAUGGAAUGGCUGAGCUGAGUGAGAAACGGAACAGGAGAGGGUGGACAUUGUAAAAGGCGAGAGAGAGGGAAGGCGAGCAAAAAAAGAGGAGCAGGGCGAAGGAGAGGGAGAGAGCCGAGGGAGGGGGUUGGUGGUGAGGACGCAGCACCCUGCCUGCUGAUUGGCUGUGACUGCGUCAGGCGGGCUGAGGCAGAAUUGGAAUCAGAUAUGUGCGUCACCAGCUGCCUGCUACAGCUCCCAACCAGCUAGCUCGCUACCGCUGCUGCAGGGGGCCAGCUCUGACCAGAGAGGGACGUAGAUCAGCAGGCUGUAUGAGUGGGAGGGGGAGAGAACCAAGGUUGUGUAUGCGCAUGUUUGAAAGUAUAUUGAGGUUGUGUGUGUCAGAGGCACAGGGGGGCACAGCUCAUGUGCAGAGGGUAACUCUGUUUAUAGAAACGGGGUUGGCAGUGGGACAGGCCUUUGGCAGGCAGAGGGAAUGCGUGGGCCUGCCUGCAGUGUUUGCUUUAACCCCGGCUGCUGCAACACAGGACAGCUAGUCAGCCACAUCAGGCCUCUACUGUUCACGUGUGGGAUUCUACAGUCACACACUGUUAGUUUCUAGUUCGAUAUCUCCGGAGCCACAACUUGGUCAACAUGAACAAAUGUCAUAAACUGCAGUUGUCCUAAUUGGUCAGACUGAUACGACCUCAAAUGUCAUUGUGUGCAUUUGUCCUUGUGUAUGUCCUUUGUGUGUGUGUGUGUGUCGUGACAGACAGACUCCUGACAGUGGCUCCUGUGUUCCCAGGAGAGUGAGAGAUAUGUUGCCUGGUUGCUAAUCUGCAUCUCUCCUGUGCCAAUCCCUUCGCUCUGUGUUUCUCCCCCGUCUUCUCUCUUGGCUGUCUGUGAUUCAGUCUUCUCUCUCUCUCUUCUCUUUCUCCCCCCUGAGGCAUAGCUGCCAGCCUGUUGUUUUUAAAACCAGCCUAUGAAUUCUCCUCUGUAGCCACCUAGAGAGUAUAGAACCACAACAAAAGUAUAUUCACCAAACUGAUGUAGCAGCUCAGUGCAACACUGAGGUCAUGAAGUAUUGAGAGACAAUAUGGCUGCCAUGCUGUUCUACUCAGCAUAGACAGUGAGCACACAUACCAUGUUAGAUAUGUAGGGUAUUAACCUCUUUCCAAUGCAAUUGCGUAAUGCGUACACACACACACACCUGUGCUGCAUAAGCCUUGGUGCGGACACACACACACACACACACACCUGUGCUCUGUCUAUUAGUUUCCACUCCAGUCCUUGCGGGUAGCUCUUAGCCUGUGCAGCCCCAGCCUCCUGCUCACCCAGAGGGCUCAGCUAAGCUCCUUUAGCUACAGUAGGCUGACACAGUAGCUCCCGCUAGUACUGACUGCUAAUACCACUCAGUCUGGGCAAGGCUUGAUUAGAGGGCUGUUCUCUCUGGGAAACUAAUAGUCAGAGGAAUGCAAAGGGUCAGGCAGAGGUGAGGUGUGUGUGUGAGUGUGUAAGAACCCUUCACACGGCAGAGGGAACCUGCCCUUUCAUGUUGCAUGGGCUGUCUGUCGGUGGUGUUCAAGCAUAGGGAAGAGUUUCUAUAUUGGCCUUACAUCUUAUUACUAAAACGGUACUUUGGAAAUGCUAACCAUGUUUUGCAUGAUCUCUCCUUAGUAAAUGAGGGAUAUGUGUUAUACGGAUGUCAGAUAAUUGGGGUAUAAUGAGAGUAAAGCCUUGCCAUCUGUACUCUAGGGUUAGAGGUCAUUGGAUCUAUCAACCUAUGAACAUCAGUUCAAAUCAACAUGUUCAAAUGAUCAUUGUGUUCAUGUCAUACUCCAUCAGGAAACCUCUUUCAACCAACAAUGUUGUCUUGUAAUGUACAGUGGAUUAGUGAUGUGUGCUGUGCAGCAUUAGCUAAUACCUUGCUUCCUGUGUUUGCGUCCUCCUCCAGUGCCAGAGCCAGUUAAGCCCAGCUCCGGCCCCCUCCACCACCCCACCACCUGUGUGAACCUGCCCCAGGCCUCCUCCUCAGUCAGAACCAAUGGGAAGCGCGCCCCCCCUAGCACCCAGCAGACGUCACAGCAGCAGACCCCACCUCAGCCUCCGUCAGGCCCCCGCUACCCGCCUCGUGAGGUGCCCCCGCGUUUCCGCCAGCAGGAGCACAAGCAGCUACUGAAGAGGGGCCAGCCACUGCCCGCCGGAGCCCUGAGUAACCUCACCGUUACCCCCGCCUCCGACCCACUCACCCCCGGUGCCCCUGCUUCUUCCACCUCAGCCUCUGCAGGCAAGCGCCACACAGGUCAGUUCCCUGCUUAUUGCGUCUUACCCUUGGCUAGAUCUCUGUCCUCAGUAGGAAUGUGGCCCUUUUCUCCGUGUAACUUGAUAGAGAAGCUGAUGUUACUAAAUUGGUCCCAUGAAAUGAAGUGUCACAGGUCAUCAUGGUAGAUGGAUGAGGCUGUUCAACACGGGGCUCUAGGCUGACCUUUACAAGGCGUACGUGUGUGCUUAAGUUUUAAAAAUGUAGGCGCAUACAAAUACAUUUAGGAGCGCAAUGAAUAGGAUUUGAGAUAGUAAAGCUAGAAUUGUAAAUUUUUCUAGGUGCACUGGUGCUCCUAAAUAAAAGUUCCAGAUCGCACAGCAAAAUAUUUGGCCGCAUAUGCGAGUAAAAUGGUCUCAGUGUAGAGCCCUGCAACAUGUUGAGAAAGAAUGGGGUGAAUUGCAAAUUCAUAUGAUGUGUCCAUCAGUGGGUCAGUCCAAAAACCUUGGUGUUACUCAGUGCAGGCAAUAUUACCCCUGUUCUCUCUCCAUACUGACACUGACAUUAAGGGAUUGAUGAUGAUGAUAGUGUGCUACUCUGAGAAUCUCCUCCACUCUGACCCAUUGGUUCAACUGUUUUCUACAGGGUCUCUGUGCACUGCAAAGAGGCUUUAGCUUGACGCUAUUGAAAUAUGGCUGUGAUGGUGUUUAGCCACUGAGUGGGUGUACUGUGGAGACUAGAGAGCACUCAGGACCUCUACUGCCCGCGGUCACCUUUUAAUGAACUCACCAGCGACCGUGUCUGUGGACUGCAGAGAAACCUGUCAGGCCCAGAGACCCACUCUGCCAGUGGGCUUUAAUUUAGAGCGAAAGAGAGAGUGUGUGAGUGGACAAAUAAUAUGAGCCUUGAGUAAAUAACGCUCAGCGUUGUUUUUCCUCCAGUGAGGGAGUGAAGGCACGCUGUCUAUUCAAGCUAUCUGGUGAACCACAGUAUAAUAGCCUACCGUCUUCCUUUAUAUGCCUUAACCCUGCAGCUUUUCUCUGAUGACCACCAGUCUUCACAUCCCAAUGGAAGGUAUUUCAACCAACACCUCUAGGAUCUAUUCUCUUUAUUGACAUGGUUUACCUCCAUGUUAAAUGCAGAACAUACACAGAUAACCGCACCAUGAAUUGUUAUACGACACUUAGAGGAAGAGACGGAGAGAGACUGAGGAAGAGCUGCUGCGGCGUCUGUUCGCAUACUUUUUUUUUUUUUUACACUCUCUCUCUUACUCUACCUCUCCAUCUCUCUCCCUCUCUUUCAUCUCUCCUCCUCCUCCUCCUCCUCUGUGGUGCUGUCUUCCAUUACUGACUCACAUGUUUACUCUGAGGGGGCUGCCUGCAGCACCAGAACAAGCAGCUUCACUGUAAACAGAAUUUCUCUGCAGAGCCCACACACACACUGAUGGUCUGCUGUCCUUUUCUCCAACUGACUGGCUGGACAGCUCUCCCAGGGGCCCUCUGCAGAACACCGCCCCAGGCAGGAGAGGCCCAAGCUGGGGAAGGAUUUUAGUCCCUGGGGCUUCUGAUCCACUGUCUUACCCUCUGGCCGUCUGCGUUGGCAUACUGUAAAUAGCCAUCGGCCAAAGCCUAGUUUUCUACUGCUGUACUCUACUGCCAAUUAUGGAAAGAGAUACAGCAUUCGUUUUGGCACUGACAGUGAGGAAUACAGAUUUGGGAUGGAUGCAGUCUUGAGAAGCAUGCAUUUGAUUUGGGUAUCUAGCAGCACUCUCAGUUUUAGGAGAAGGAGAAAAAAAAAUCAUGCAAACAUGGGCCAAUCUAAUAUGUCCCCAGGCUGAAUGUGAGACACUAUGUAUGUAGAUGAGCUUUGGUUUUGGGGUCAGCUUCCAUUUGACCUCCCUGCUAGUGAAGUCAUCAUGGUUCAGAGGGUACACAGAUGACACAGGCGCUUCCAGCCCCAGAGGCCUGCUGUGACUGGACUACAGGGGUCAGUGAGGGGAUCCACUGUUACUGCCUUGACCCAGUUACAUCCUCUCACAUCUGUCUGCCCACAGGGCCAUCUGGCUAUACACACUGUAGUUCUGGAUAGUCACAACACAAUCAACCAAUUCAAUAAUGAAUUAACUUUAUCUGACCAUUUUAAAAUACACGUGACUCGAGUGAGAUAACAACAAUGCAUCAAAAAUCAUAAAGGACACAAACGCGUAAGUCAUAGGCCUAUUUCCAUUGUGGUCCUCAUUAGACACAACCCACCCACCCACCCCCCCCCAAUCUCUCCAAUACAACAGCUGAUGGCAUGGCAACCCAGUGAGUGCUGCAGCCUGUCUGGCCUUCGUCUCGUAGCAUAGCAGGUGCUACAGUGGGGGUCUGAGAUUCAAGCCGUGCUGUGGGAAACGCGCUCAGUGCACUACAACAGCUGGUUCAUUCAUGGCUCUCUGUCUUCUAAGCCCCUGGGUGACGUAGCAUGUGGCCAGAAGGCAUGCUGUUGGCUAGGUGUUGUUAACAUGCAUUGGCCCCGCCGCCCUUCUCAUUUGGCCCCUUGGCUUUCUCUUCAAACGCCUGGAUGAGGUGGCAUAUCUGUUCUUUUGAUUCCAGUUCCAGCCGCUAUUGUUUUGUCUGCGGAGGAAGACCGAUACAUAACAGGUCCCAUUGAUGACUGUUCAACCAGAUAUUCCCAUCAGUGAUCACUGCCUAAUGGCCUGAUGAGCUUUAGCCGUAAGGCAAUUCCUUUGACCAUCGUUGUCAGGGCCACGUAAGUGACCAAUGUUCAGAGGUAUAUGCAUGGUAACGACGGCACUAGUCAAUGGAGUUGGCUGAAGCACAUGCCGUUCUAAAGCCAGACUAGGCUAGAGAGAAUGCCUUCCCUGUCCUUUCUCUCCCCCCCCCCCCUCUCCCCUCUCUCGCUCUCCCCUCCAGCCCCUAGUGGGCUCAUUAGCCCAGACUCUGCCAGGGAACCAAGAGGAAACUACCUCUUCUCUCCUCCUCUCCUCUCACCCAGGGUAAAACAGACAUGAAGAAUGAGGUUUUAAACCCUCCUGUGCCAACUCUCACCCCUUCUUUUCACUCUCUCUGUCUCUCCAUUUCCGGAAGACAAACCAGGAUCUUUUGAUCCCGGAGACUGGAACGCUGAAGUUCCUGAAAGGGGAAAGAGGGUCUAUUUUGAGGACAAAAGAGACUAAAUGGUGCGUUUAUUGCUUGUGGUGCGUCACUGUGAGGUUUGGCUGGAGAUAAUGUGGUGGAUUGGCGGUGUUGAAUGAAUGGGAGAAUAAUGGCGUCCGGUUCGGCCCCGUUCGUGUGGCUCUCUGCUGCAUUUCCCAGCUAGCUCCAAGGCUACGCUAUUGCUCAUGAUGUCGGCUACAGGCACUUUAUCCUUUUUGGUGCACUGUCUCUUUCUUUCUCUUAUGCCCUCUCUCGCUUUCUCUCUCUUUCUCUUCCUUUGCCACUGCCAACCCCUCCCCCAUUCCCCCACUCCCUGUCACCCUGGCUUUCAUAGGGAGAGAAAGGUGGCGUCUAGCUUUUGGCUACCUUCCCAUAUCCCCCAUGUGAGCUGCCUGCUAGCAGCAUCCUCAUUAUCAGCAGCAGCCUGAUCUCCUGGUAGUUGUUUCCCAGGCAGGGCUAGCAUCACUGUCGCCUCUAUGAUAGGAAGCUGAGCUGGUAUAGAUGUAGUGUGCAUGUGCAGUGUGUGCGUGCUCUCAUCUUUUAGUGCCAGGCAGCCGCAUCAGCAGCAGAACCAAGCAAUAGAAGCCCUUUUGUUUUUAUUUCUGUCGCCGCUAUUCAUUCAGCGAGCACCAUAAUACCCACUGCCCUCCUAAUUGGGACCAGAAUGGAAGCAGCUAAACAUUACUGACAGUUGAACGCAAACAGAGACGGAAAAUAAUUGUCCCCUUUCUUUUCCUUUUCUUGUUGCCUUGGCUUUGGUAUUGUACACGGGGUACAAUACCAAAGCCACACACACACACAAACGCACACACAUAUUUUUCCCCGAAGCAGGAAAACUUCUCACUAAUCUAUUGGAAUGCUUACCAGAAAUAAGGUUGUACGGAGUUAGCAAGGUUGAGUAGACCUAAGAGACGUGACACACACACACACACACACACACACACACACACAUUGACUCACACGUACACACUACGCAGCCAGCCUCAAUUUCUUGGCAGCAUGUCAGCAGUUGCGAUGCUUUGCAGCGAGCAGUAGCAGACAUAUUGAAUCGGAUGGAGGAGGAUAGCGAUGGCUGCCGCGUCUCUCCGCUCUGCGUAGCGCCUCACAGCAUGGUGUUGUUGCAGCACCACCUCUCUUCAGGUAUUUUUCCACUCUACCCCUGACCCCCUUCUUUACAGCUGCCAUCAGCUCUUUUAUCUCUCUCUCUCUCUCCCUCUUUCUCUCUCUACUCCGGGGUUUUUAGUUGUAGUAUCCGUGACGGACGGUGACAAGAAAAUAGAGCUGCACUGCACGCUUUUCUGUGUAGUAUAUCAUUAAUUUAUCAUGCAACCUAUUUUUAUUCCCCUUCAGAGAAAACGUGCAAGGCGAGACUGAGACAGAGAGGGGGAGCGAAUAAAUGAAAGGGAGAAAUCAGAGGGCAGAGCGAGACGUACUUGCUGCAGGCAGCAGCCUCUGAGCUCUUGGCUGAGUUUCAGGUCUGCCUGAUAAAAUGGCGUUCCUUGCUGCUCGGCGGGCUUGCAGAGAGAGAGGGGGAGCGACGCUAGUGCGUUAGAACCGCUGGUGCUGUCGUCCUAUUCUCUCGCUCUUCUUCCUCUCCUCACAUAUAAACAAACACCUAGCAGCCUUGCAGGUACAUGGAUUGAUGUUGUGGGUGUUAGCGAAACAAUGAGCUUUUGUAUGUUAGGUUAGCUAGCUCUCUGAUUUGACUGAAAGGCAGGCAGGCGUACAGCACCAAAACAAUGGCGUUGGAAUGGUGCCAAACCUACCAAAGCAAAAGCCCCCCACACACACACACACACACACACACACACACGGGGCUCUCUGUUGUAACUUGACUCCUAAAAUAUGCACAUCAUGCAAAACCUCAUUGGUUGUUGUGGGUGCUGGCCAGUGACAUUAGAUGUCGUUUACUGACUUUGACGUGUGUGUUCUCUAAGACCAUGAGGAAGAGAUGGUGGUUGUGGUUCAGUUGUGGGUUUAAAUAGUCUCGGUAAGUAACAAUGGAGAGUUAUGAUAUCUGUUCCUAAGUGAACGAAGCAAUAGAAAAGUUUUAUUGCGUCCCAAAUGGCACCCUAUUCCCUUUUAUAGUGCACUACUUUUGAACAGAGCAUAUAGGGUGCUUACGUAAGGAUCCAUGGUGUGCUUACAUAAGGAUCACUCAGCCUAAUGCACUCUUUUGUUACAUGGCUGGUCUGUCACUGUGCAUUGUGGGAUGAUGUGUCUUGGACGUGCAGCUCAGCUUGACCUUAGAUGCCCCAGAUGUUAUUUAUAUUUGUGCAGUUUGAAGAAGUGAGGGGGGGGGGGGGGGGCAGAACCGAACAGCCUGCAGUGAGAGAGACUGAACCGAACAGCCUGCAGUGAGAGCGACGGAACCGAACAGCCUGCAGUGAGAGAGACGGAACCGAACAGCCUGCAGUGAGAGCACGGGAACCGAACAGCCUGCAGUGAGAGCGACGGAACCGAACAGCCUGCAUUGAGAGCGACGGAACCGAACAGCCUGCAGUGAGAGCGACGGAACCGAACAGCCUGCAGUGAGAGCGACGGAACCGAACAGCCUGCAGUGAGCGCGACGGAACCGAACAGCCUGCAGUGAGCGCGACGGAACCGAACAGCCAGCCUGCAGUGAGCGCGACGGAACCGAACAGCCAGCCUGCAGUGAGCGCGACGGAACCGAACAGCCAGCCUGCAGUGAGCGCGACGGAACCGAACAGCCAGCCUGCAGUGAGAGAGACGGAACCGAACAGCCAGCCUGCAGUGAGAGAGACGGAACCGAACAGCCAGCCUGCAGUGAGAGAGACGGAACCGAACAGCCUGCGUUCACCAUACAGCACGUGCACUUGUUUUUUUCUCCCACAAAAUUUAGUAGGAGCGACUUUUAAUGGGAAAUCUUUUGCAACAUUGUUAAAGUUAGGAUUUUGAGAUGGGAAUUUUGUGGUACCUCUGUGGUUAGACUUUCUAGGACGGGCUGUGUAGAGCUGAUUACAGACUAAGUUUGUGUGUGUGUGCAUGCGUAGAGCUAUAUAGCCUAAAACGUGUGUGUGUGUGUGUCUGCCUUUCUACACACACACUGACACUGUGUGAUAAGGCAGUCUGAGAAGAGGAGAUAAGUAUGUUGAGGAGAAAAUUGCAUUUGGAGGGACUCAGAGGCGUGUUGCGCAGUAUCUUAAGCCUAGCCACAUAUCUGUCAGUCAGUGUGUGUCUCAAACGAAGCUAGUCUCCCUACUAUUUGACAGGAUUGUUUUGACCAUAGCUUUAUCUGUGAUGGAUCAACUCCAGGCAAUUAUGCAAAUCACAGAACGAUCUGAUAGAAUCCAGUAGCGAGCUAAUAGAAGGUAAGAAUCUCUAUUUGAAAUGAGGUGAUGCCCAAAUACGGGCUACCGACUGUUUCACACAAACACAUAUUAAUAAAAAAUUAUGUGAAGCCUCUAAGGAAAGCCGGAGGCUAUACGUUUUCUAAAUGUCUUAGAAAGGACUUAGAAAUUGAAAAUGCUUUUGUGUCUGGCCCGCUCAGCCCAGUCAAAGCUAUUCGCUGCUCUGGCACCCCAAUGGUGGAACAAGCUCCCCCACGACGCCAGGACAGCAGAGUCACUGACCACCUUCCGGAGACCCUUGAAACCCUACCUCUUUAAGGAAUACCUGGAAUAGUAUAACAGUAAUCCUUCUACCCCCCCCCCCCCCCCCCCCCCCCCCCCAUUUUUAAAAAAAAAAAGGGGGAAAAGGGUGGUUGUCCCACUGGCUAUCAUAAGUUGAAUGCACCAAUUUGUAAGUCGCUCUGGAUAAGAGCGUCUGCUACAUUUACAUUACAUUUUAGUCAUUUAGCAGACGCUCUUAUCCAGAGCGACUUACAGUUAGUGAAUACAUUUUAUUAUUUUUUUAUACUGGCCCCCCGUGGGAAUCGAACCCACAACCCUGGCGUUGCAAACGCCAUGCUCUAUCAACUGAGCUACAUCCCUGCCGGCCAUUCCCUCCCCUACCCUGGACGACGCUGGGCCAAUUGUGCGCCGCCCAUGAGUCUCCCGGUCGCGGCCGGCGGCGACAGAGCCUGGAUUCGAACCAGGAUCUCUAGUGGCACAGUUAGCACUGCGAUGCAGUGCCUUAGACCACUGCGCCACUCAGGAGUACCUGCCUUUCUCCUGCUAAAUAACUUAAAUGUUAAAAUGUUAUAGAUAAUAUAGCUAGCAAUGGGAUGCCAUUCUUUUUGAUAUGACAAUUGAUGAACUUAUUGGAUUUGUGAAUUACAAAAACAUAUGGAUUCUAAGAAUACAGCCUUCAACAAUGAGCAGUUUCAUAACAUAUAAGCAGAGAUGAGGUCAAUCUCAUUUCUAUUCAUUCUGAAUUUACUCGAUUGAAAUGCAAUUGGCCCCGACCCAGCUCUAAAGUAAUGAAGGCGAGUGGGAACAGCAGUGUUCUCAGGCCCUCUCUGUAGAUAAGACCAGUUUAGUGGUUGGCUUGGCUUUGCAUGGUGGUUGGUGGAUCAAUACCUCCUCUCCUCUCUGCAGCAGCAUUAAUAAGGCCAUUGAUUAGCUGCCUCAUUGAUUCAUUACAGCCUCAUGGCAUGAAAUGGGCCUAUUAUUCGUUUUUAACGGGACUAGUUUCUCUCAUCGGUGUUAGAGUAUUGUGUGUCUGUAGGCUGAGGCGAUGCAGUGUGGGCUAGACCUAUGUCUCAUUUUACUCCCGGGGGGUUUUGGGGUUUUGGUUUUUUUCCUUUCUAAAACAACACAUUUUCCCAAACGGUGUUUUUUUUUUUAAAAAGCCUUUUUCCUAAAGAGGAGAAAAGUAUGUUGGGGGAAAAAAUUGCAUUUGGAGGGCUCAGGGGCGUGUUCGCAGUAUCUUAAGCCACCCACUAUCGCAGUCAUGUGUGCCCAAAAACAACAUCCCCACUUUUUUGACGAUUUUUUUUCCCAUACUUUAUCUGUAUGGAUCGACCCCGUUUAAAUGAAAAUCCAGAACGUCAUAGAAUCCAAAUGGUAAUAAAAGGUAAUCUCUAUUUAAAUGAGGUGAUGCCCAAAAAACGGCCUACCGAUGUUUCCCAACCAAAAUUUAAUUUAAAAAAUUAAGUGAAGCCUCUAGGAAACCGGGGCUAUACGUUUCAAAUGCCCUAAGAAGGACUAAAAAUUGAAAAUGCUUUUGGUCUGGCCCGCUCAGCCCAGUCAAAGCUAUUCGCUGCUCUGGCAACCCCAUGUGGAACAAUACCGGACACGAGUCCUGACCCCUCCCGAGACACUUGAAACCCUACCUCUUAGGAAAGGGAAUGGUGAUAACCAUCCUAUCAAAAGGGUUGAAAUGCGAUUUAAGCCAUCUGGUAAGGCUGCAAUGACUUAAUGUUAAAAUGUUAUAAGAUUAUACUGCAAAUGGGUGCAUUUAUUAUAUAGUAGCAAUUGAUUUGGCAUUUUUUUGAAUUACAAUAAUAUUGGAUUUUAAGAUUACAAAACAUAAAUUGAGAAUACCCUUCAUAAUGGUAAAAAUAUUAGUGGCAACCAAUUUGUCAUUUCUCCACCAUUGUGCAUUCCACAAAAAAGAGGGCCUUCAUCAUAGGUCCACGUCAAACUAUGACAGCCCAAAUGAGGGAAAAAAUCCAGUAAAUCACAUUGUAGGAUUUUUUAUGAAUUGAUUUGCAAAUUAUGGUGGAAAAUAAGUAUUUGGUCACCUACAAACAAGCAAGAUUUCUGGCUCUCACAGACCUGUAACUUCUUCUUUAAGAGGCUCCUCUGUCCUCCACUCGUUACCUGUAUUAAUGGCACCUGUUUGAACUUGUUAUCAGUAUAAAAGACACCUGUCCACAACCUCAAACAGUCACACUCCAAACUCCACUAUGGCCAAGACCAAAGAGCUGUCAAAGGACACCAGAAACAAAAUUGUAGACCUGCACCAGGCUGGGAAGACUGAAUCUGCAAUAGGUAAGCAGCUUGGUUUGAAGAAAUCAACUGUGGGAGCAAUUAUUAGGAAAUGGAAGACAUACAAGACCACUGAUAAUCUCCCUCGAUCUGGGGCUCCACGCAAGAUCUCACCCCGUGGGGUCAAAAUGAUCACAAGAACGGUGAGCAAAAAUCCCAGAACCACACGGGGGGGACCUAGUGAAUGACCUGCAGAGAGCUGGGACCAAAGUAACAAAGCCUACCAUCAGUAACACACUACGCCGCCAGGUACUCAAAUCCUGCAGUGUCAGAUGUGUCCCCCUGCUUAAGCCAGUACAUGUCCAGGCCUGUCUGAAGUUUGCUAGAGUGCAUUUGGAUGAUCCAGAAGAGGAUUGGGAGAAUGUCAUAUGGUCAGAUGAAACCAAAAUAGAACUUUUUGGUAAAAACUCAACUCGUCGUGUUUGGAGGACAAAGAAUGCUGAGUUGCAUCCAAAGAACACCAUACCUACUGUGAAGCAUGGGGGUGGAAACAUCAUGCUUUGGGGCUGUUUUUCUGCAAAGGGACCAGGACGACUGAUCCGUGUAAAGGAAAGAAUUAAUGGGGCCAUGUAUCGUGAGAUUUUGAGUGAAAACCUCCUUCCAUCAGCAAGGGCAUUGAAGAUGAAACGUGGCUGGGUCUUUCAGCAUGACAAUGAUCCCAAACACACCGCCCGGGCAACGAAGGAGUGGCUUCGUAAGAAGCAUUUCAAGGUCCUGGAGUGGCCUAGCCAGUCUCCAGAUCUCAACCCCAUAGAAAAUCUUUGGAGGGAGUUGAAAGUCUGUGUUGCCCAGCGACAGCCCCAAAACAUCACUGCUCUAGAGGAGAUCUGCAUGGAGGAAUGGGCCAAAAUACCAGCAACAGUGUGUGAAAACCUUGUGAAGACUUACAGAAAACGUUUGACCUGUGUCAUUGCCAACAAAGGGUAUAUAACAAAGUAUUGAGAAACUUUUGUUAUUGACCAAAUACUUAUUUUCCACCAUAAUUUGCAAAUAAAUUCCUACAAUUAAAAAUCCUACAAUGUGAUUUUCUGGAUUUCUUUUCCUCAAUUUGUCUGUCAUAGUUGACGUGUACCUAUGAUGAAAAUUACAGGCCUCUCUCAUCUUUUUAAGUGGGAGAACUUGCACAAUUGGUGGCUGACUAAAUACCUUUUUUCCCCCACUGUAUAAGCAGAGAUGAGGUCUAUCGCAUUUCUAUUCAUUCUGAAUUUACUCGAUUGAAAUGCAAUUGGCCCCGACCCAGCUCUAAAGUAAUGAAGGCGAGUGGGAACAGCAGUGUUCUCAGGCCCUCUCUGUAGAUAAGACCAGUUUAGUGGUUGGCUUGGCUUUGCAUGGUGGUUGGUGGAUCAAUACCUCCUCUCCUCUCUGCAGCAGCAUUAAUAAGGCCAUUGAUUAGCUGCCUCAUUGAUUCAUUACAGCCUCAUGGCAUGAAAUGGGCCUAUUGUUCGUUUUUACCGGGACUGGUUUCUCUCAUCGGAGUUAGUGUUGUGUGUGUCUGUAGGCUGAGGCGAUGUUGUGCAGUGUGGGCUAGACCUAUGUCUCAUUUUACUCCCUCUUUUGGUAUGAGGAAAUAUAUUCAUAUUAGCAUUUAUGUUUGUGUUCUGAAUAUUAUACAUUUUUAUGCUGUGUUUCUGUAUGAUUCGUUUUGUCUUAUUGUUUGAUCCAUUUGUGUGUGUGCGAGAAGGAGAGAAAUAUAGAAUUGAAGAAAGCAGAGUAUUAAUGUGUGUACUCUGCGGUCUCCAGUGUCAGAGUGUAGCUGUGUCUGUAGCAGCCCAGACCUGGUAGUGCUUUGUGGGGACCUGCUGGAGCGUAGGGAAUGAUGAAUGAGGAGCCAUCUUGGUUUCAUUCCAAUAAAUGAGCAGCGGUCCACUUGGGUUUCCCUUCACAGCCACAGCUAGGGGAGCCUACAUGGAGACUGAUGGGCCUCUCAGUUCAGGGGGAGAGAGGCGGGAGAGUAGGGAGGGAAGGGGGGAGAGGGAGAGCGCAGGUGGGAGGAAAGGGAGGGACCAUUUCACCCACUCACAUAGGGGGAGAGUAGGAAGGAAGGAGGGUUAGGGGGAGAGAAAGUAGGAGAGGGAGGGCUCUUAUCGCUCACCCAGUCACUCCACAUCUGACUGCACCAAAGCAGGAAUAUAUGGAUAUGCCAUAGCUAAUAGGACAUGGGGCAAAGUCUACUGUGCAUUCUGAUUAUGGCAGGAAUCUGACUGGUGAACAGACCAGCAGUGUGACCACCUCUCACUGCUGCCAAGUCGGAUGGUAACAGUUUAACCAAACAAGGAGAUACAUUACAAUGACUUCCUCCAGGAGCUGAGGGAGUUUAUUACAAGGUGUUUUCUGUCUCUCUCUCGUAAAAGAGAAUGUUUUCUCCUGGUUAAAUAAAUAUUUAUCUAUUUUUCUCCUCCAGACCUGCCAUUCCAGAGUGGUCCUGGUGCCCAGUAUGAGAAUCCCCACUGGGGAGCCUUACCACCAGCCACCGACCGCAGCAGCAGCACCAGUAGUAGCUGGGAUCAAGUGAUCAUCGACGGGAGCGACACCGAGGCCUGGCCCUCCAUCAGUCGCAGCAGCGACAGCCGACCAGCGAAUCCUCCAGAAUGUGCCACAGCCGCUGACUGUACAAACCCAGAGACCAGCAGCAACAUGAGCAUGGCCGCGGGGGCUACUAGCCAGCAGGCCCACUACCCCUCCUCUCUCAAAGCUAACGGCGCUAACGUAGCUAGCAUGAUGCAGCCUGGCGGUGGCCUGGGAGUUGGCGCCAUCGGCAGCAGGGGCUGGGGCUCUGGACCCGGCCCCAACACCAUGGGCCCAACUGAGGGAGCCAAACCUGACGGCCUAGGGCCCAACAUAGGCCGGAGUGGAGGAGCACCGGGCUGGAACUCCCAGCCUAGCUUUAGCCUGAACCUGAACCCCAACGCCAACCCCUCGGCCUGGCCCGUGCUGGGGCAAGAGGGUGCUGGAGGCGGCCCCAACCCCUCCUCACUACCUCCCAACGGCAGCCUGGGCAACGGGAGCCUGGGAGGGGACGAGAACAGCAGCAGUACCUGGGGAGGCAUGAUGAGCCCUGACGCCCCGUCCUCCAAUACGAAUGUGUCUUUCAGCAGCAUGGAACACCCGAACCUUAACACUGACAGACAAAACAGCCACCACACUAAGCAGCCCCUCAGCCCCAUCCACGGGCUGCCCGGCUGGGGAGGCCAGUCCCCUACCGAGUCCUCCCAGCUCAACGGAGAUGCAGGGAGCUCCGUCUGGGGCAACGGAGACACCAAGACAUCCGCUGACUCCUCCAAGAACUCAGGCUGGGACUCGGCACCCUCCGGAGGCACGUCCGGCUGGGGCUGCUCUGGCAGCGGAGGCGGCGGGAGUGGAGGUGGAGAAGGAGGCUGGGGAGGAGACUGGGGGAAGCCAUCCAGCGGUGGAGGAGAGGCCAAAGGAGGCUGGGAUUCCUCAGAUGGCCCAGCCCAGGACCAGCAGGUGAGCUCCUGGGGCCAGCCAACCCCGGCCCCGGCUAGUGAGGGUAGCGGGAGCGGCGGCAGUGAGGGGCGCUCCCACCGCAGGGAGAGGACUGGCAGCGAGGACGGAGGCCCCCCUCCCCUGCCCCGGCAGGACCUGGAUCCCCGCGUGCUCUGCAACACAGGCUGGGGCCAGACACCCGUCCGCCAGCACACCUCCUGGGAGAUGGAGGAGCAGCGCGCCGCCAACGAGAGGAAGACCAGCGAGAUGAAGGGAGGCGGUGGAGGGGACACCUGGAGGGGCUCCAACAGCCCCUCUUCCGGAUCCCAACCGGACCCCCGCAACGGGGGAGCCAACCCCAACCUGGGACCAUCUCAGAGGCCAGGCUCAGGGGGCUCUGGAGGCAAGAGCGAUGGCCCAUCAGGCUGGGGAGGCCCUCCAUCCUCAGGCUGGGGGGAGCAGCCUGUCAACAAGGCCCCCAAUGGUUCCGUCGGUGGCUGGGGGGAGCCCAUGGCCCACGGCCCCAACACCACAAACAAUGGCCCCAAGAGUGGAGGUCAAUCCUGGGGUGUCCCUGAGGAGAAGUCCUCCCCUACCUGGGACGACGGGCCAGCCAAGACCCAGCAGAACCAGUCCCAGAGCUGGGGAGAGGGGCCAAAGUCCUCCUGCCACGGCUGGGGCUCCGGCCACGGAAGUGGCAGCCAUGGCUCCAAUGGGUCCAACGGCUCCAAUGGAGGAGAAUGGAGAGAACCGGACGAGGUGAAGAAGAAUGGAUCCUCCAGCAGCAUGUGGGAAGGAGAAGGAGGAAAUGGACGAGGAGGAGGAGGGUGGAAGGACAGCCCCAGAGGAGGUGGAGGAAAUGGGGGCGGCUGGGCGUCGAAGCCUGCCCCUGCUGUUGGAGGUGGUGGCUGGGGGGAGACCCAGCACCCCAAUGGCCCAGCACCAGGAUGGGGCUCCAAGCCCCAGGAAAGCCCCAACGGCCCAGCACCAGGAUGGGGCUCCAAACCCCAGGAAAGCCCCAACGGCCCAGCACCAGGAUGGGGCUCCAAACCCCAGGAAAGCCCCAACGGCCCAGCACCAGGAUGGGGCUCCAAACCCCAGGAAAGCCCCAACGGCCCAGCACCUGGAUGGGGAUCCAAACCCCAGGAAAGCCCCAACGGCCCAGCACCAGGAUGGGGCUCCAAGCCCCUGGAAAGCCCCAAUGGUCCAUCCCCAGGAUGGGGCUCCAAGCCUCAAGAAAGCCCCAACGGCAACAGUGUUGGAGGUGGACCAGGAGGAGGCAGCAUGGGGUCCUGGGGCGGCCCUGCAUCGGUGAGGCAGAGUUCCAACCCCGGCUGGGGCCCGGGGAGCUCCGGAGCCAAACCCGACCCAGCGAUGGAGCCCACCGGCUGGGAGGAACCCUCUCCUCCCUCCAUCCGCCGCAAGAUGGAGAUAGAUGACGGCACGUCCACCUGGGGAGACCCCAGCGCUUACAACAAGACCGUGAACAUGUGGGACCGGAACAACCCCACUGGCGGUAACGGUAACCAAGGCAACAACCCCACCCAGCCGCCGACCAGUAAGAGCAACGGAGGCAUGGCCGUCAACAACAGCAACAACAACCACUCCUCCGUCCCCCCUAGCAACAACAAUCACCAUCACCACCACGGACAGCCCCCGCCACACAGCCAGCACCAUGGCAACAACAAUGGAUCUCCCAACACCGCCGCCCCGCACCACGGUGGAGGACCCCAGGGCAGACCACCAAUGGCCAACCCAGGUAAGAAGCUGACCCCACUCACUGUCUGAAAUGUCUAUUAAACUGGGUAUUAUGCACCGCUGUAAUGUUUAGUGGUAAAGCCCUGUGAUUAACCUAUACUGGAAAGACUUCAAAUGAGACAUUCUAUUAAUAUUUAGGUAUUACACAUUCCCCAAAGUAGAAUUUAGUGUUAUCCCAUAAGAUAUAAUCUUAUGUCAAAGGAAAUAUCGAAUGUUCAAGUAUAUAUUUUGCCAUUGAAUAUUAGUGCUGAGCAAUUAACCAAAACGUUUGUUAUUUUUCGUUUUUUAAACAACUAAUUGAGCGACUUGGUUCAAUUAUUUAAAUUCCAUUUUGUUUGGGGGUUUUCUGUGAUCUCAAUGCACACAUUGCACAGUUUCUCUAGAGAUGAAACAGAUUAAGCCCGAACUGUGUGAUCGAGAGGGAUAGAGAACAGAGGGAUAGAGAACAGUUGCUUUCAUCAGUCAUAAAAGUAUGCCUUAUUUACUUUGAAGAACUACAAAAUAGUGAUUUUGUCAGACCGCAUAGGCAGUAGCUCUAUAGAGUCAUCAAAUAAAACAAAUGUAAUAUACACAACUUAAAUAUUUUAGUAAAGUAAUGUGAAUAAAUGAUGGUUAAUAAGUAUUAAGCAGUAAUGGGCAGUCACUACCAUCAUGGGACUUUUACUAAUUGUUUUAUUCUGUUACAGCAUUCAACCCACAUAAUGCAUAGUGCAUUUAAUGUUUUUUUAUAAUCGAAACCGAACCUACCUCAAAAAGCAUUAAUCGCUCAGCAUUACUGAACAUGCACAAUGCCAGGGCUUUUCAAGGCAGCCCACUGCAUAGACAAAGCUUCAGUGAAAGCAGACUGUGGCAGGAAGGCACUGCUUUCACUAAAAGGUUAUGGAUGAGUGAGAUCAGUGCCCCCUGCUGUUUAUCUCUAUGUACAACCCCAGUAACCAGAGACUGAUCAGCCAGGCUUGGCACACACUGCUCUAGUCACAGUGCUCCUCAGUGGACUCAGCCAGCUCAGACAAGAGGAUCUGGGAGCUUGGCCAGGAGUUAAACAGUCAUGGCUGCCGUCCUCCUCCCCUCUCCCUCCUUCCCUGCCCCUCUCCCUCCUUCCCUGCCUCUCUCCCUCCUUCCCUGCCCUCUCUCUCGCCUUCCCUGCCUCUCUCUCUCCUUCCCUGCCCCUCUCUCCUCCUUCCCUGCCUCUCUUCCUCCUUCCCUGCCUCUCUCCCUCCUUCCCUGCCUCUCUCUCUCCUUCCCUGCCUCUCUCUCUCCUUCCCUGCCUCUCUCCUCCUUCCCUCCCUCUCUCCCUCCUUCCUGGCCAAACUCUUCUGUCGGAGCCUGAAAGCCCUCUGACUAUAUAUAGCAGCAUCAUGGCACUGCGUCAACCUAUGCUUACGUCCAAAAUGGCACCCUAUUCCCUAUAUAGAGCCCUAUGGGCCUUGGUCAAAAGUAGUACACAUAUAGAGAAUAGGGUGCCAUUUGGGACAGCGCUGUAUUGCCUCUGAUUAACAUGUUACAACUUGGCUCACUGUUUUACAAGGAGGAAAAGCCUGAGGAUUGGAGAAUAGAAUGGGGUGUAGCGCAAGUAAAUGAAUGGAAGCUAGCACACGCUGUUCCUCAGUAGUUUUAUGGUUACAUUUUCAUCAAUAAAGGAACCAGUUAGUUGGCAGUAAAACUAGACUGCCAGACUGCAAUUGCUAACAAUAUGUCCGAUCACUGUUUGCUGGUCUUGUAAGUGAAUAUACUUGCAAUAAAGUGAUGCACACAUGACUUUAAAGCAUACAUUAUCAAUAUGACCUACCCUCUCCUCUCCCAGGCUGGGGGGAGCUGCCCAGUGUCCAGCAGCCCAAGCCAGAGCCGGCGUGGGGGGAGCCCGCUGGCCCCUCUCCUGCAGUGGACAACGGCACCUCUGCCUGGGGUAAACCCCCUGGUGUUCCUGGAGGCUGGGGCGAUGGGGGGCACGGGGGGCACGAGCCCAAUGGACCCUACAGGAGGGGCAACAACGGACCCUCUGGACCUGCACCCUGCAAGCCAGGUUAGGACCACACCCUGUUGGUAUACAAACAUAGUCAAUACACACUCACUUACUCAUCUUAUCAGUAAACUACAGAAAUACAAAAACAAAUACUCAAUUGUGUUUUUAAGCACCUGAAUGUUUCUGUUAAAGCUUUGCUUUUCUAGUUGAGUCUUGAAGAACAUGGUGUCACUAGAGGUUUCCCUUGUGCUAAUUAUGCUAUUGCAUGCUUCGAUCAAUUUGGUAAUUGUUGGGUUUUUGUGCCUUUUUUAAAUGAUUUUUAUACAAGGAAGUCAAACAAGAAAUGGAUGUACUUGCGUGACAAUACUGACACCAAGUGGUUGCAUUGCCAAUUGCACGCAAGGGGGUUGCCCUUGAUUUUUGCAAGCAGUCAAAACUCAAAUCAAAGUUUAUUGGUCAUGUGCACAUGGUACAGUGAAAUGCUUGCUUGUCAACGUGUUAUGGUUACACUCAAAAGACUGCAGUAUAUUGAUAUAGCAGAGACACAAAUACUAAGGUUAGCUUGAGACUACAGUCAGAUUUCAGUGAACAAGCUAUAUUACAAGAAGGCACUUUCUAAAUUGUUUUUACUUGGUGAUCAUCUACGUGAUAUUCACAUUUGCCUUGCACUGCUCCUCUUCAAGCCCCCAAAUCUAUGCAAGAUGGCUGGGGAGGCGGGAGAGAGGAGGAGAUGGGCAUGUCUUCUGGCCAAUGGGAUGCUGACGCUGGCGACAUGUGGAACAGCCCUGCCUCCCAGGAGAGCAGCUCUUCCUGUAACUCGUGGGGCCAUCCGCUCAAGAAGGGCCCACCCAAGGGCAAGAUGGGCAACCAGCCAGAUGAAGCCUGGAUCAUGAACCGUCUCAUCAAGCAGCUCACUGACAUGGGCUUCCCGGUAUGAAUUUGAUUAAUUUUGCAAUGUCAGAAUCAGACCUGGGUUCAAUUACUAUUUGAUAUUUUACAAUUACUUUUGCUCCAGCCUCCUGGAGUGCCAGAUGGACAGGGUUUGCGGUUUUGGGACCGUUCUUUUGUCCAUUAAUCCAGGCAAUUUCAGUCAAGCACAGACAAAGUAUUUGAAAUGAUUUCAAAUUGUGUUUGAACCCAGGUCUGAUCAGAAUCCAUGUAUUUAAAUGUAUGUAUCAAGCAUGUAGUCAGUGUGUUGUGUAGUUGAGGUUGUCACUGACUCAUGUUGUCGUUGUGUUACAGAGGGAUCCUGCCGAGGAGGCUCUGAAGAGCAACAACAUGAACCUAGACCAGGCCAUGAGUAGGUUUCUCCCUGAGUGUGUGUGUCUGACUGUGUGCGCGCACAUCUACGUGUGUUUCUGCUUGUUGCUGUGUAUGUGUAUUCCAUAUUUGUCUGACCGUUUGUCUCUCUCUACCAAGGCGCUCUGUUGGAGAAGAAGACCGAACUGGACAAGCGGGGCAUGGGCAUGUCGGACUACAACAACGGGAUGAACAAGCCGUUGGGUUGCCGUCCCCAGGCCUUCUCCAAAGACCCCUCCUCGGACCGCAGCCCAUUCCUAGACAAGGUACUAUAUGACUGCCACUAGUAUUGUAUCAGAAAUCAACAGCAGUUAUGUCCAGUAGAAACACAACUAGUAUAAUGCAUUUCCGUUGAUGAAGGAUUAAACUACAAACACACGUGCCAAUGAAAAAUGAAUGGUGUAAAUAGAGGUCUUGUUAGAGUUUUUCAGUCCCACUUUAUCUUAUUACCCAUGUUGGGAUUAUGAGAAGUUUACAGAAUCCUUUGUAAAACGUGCCAUACAAAAUAAGUGAUUGAUUAACUUAAAUGAUUUACUGAUUGACUGAAACUGACUGACUGUUCUUCUCUCCCUCCUCCCUGGUUCCAGGAUGGUGGUCUGUCAGACGACGCCCCCCCCUCACCGUUUAUGCCUUCUCCUGUCAGCCUGAAGCUCCCCCUGGUUAACAACCUGCAGCCUGGGCAGGGCCUGGGCUCCCCGGGGCUCAACAUGCAAAACUUGAACAACAGACAGGUACGGGGGUUAAACGCAUGUGCUGCACGUGUAGCGGACAUGAGUCAGGCUCACAGUCUCGUAAUGAGGUAGCCCUUCCUGCGAUUAGUGUCACGCUCGGCCCAAAAGCAAGUGUCCUAUUAUGGCUACCGGUUAAGACGUUGGUUCAGGUCCGUCCUGUGACACAUACACACAAAUAGGUAUACAGUAACAACCACAACCACAUUUACUGUACGUAGGUAUACAGUAGCACCCACAAACACACAUGUACAUUAUGACAAUCUCUCUCACACACACACUUCAGGAACCCAUUGCCAGGAACUGGAGAAUAGCCUCAAUAUGCGACACUAAAGAGAAAACACUUUGAACGAAGUUGAGAAUACCAUUCAGCUCGCCACCACUGUCUCAAGUGUUGUUGCGUCCAUAACCUUGCCUGGAGUGCCCAUUGAAAUGGGAUAGUUUUUGUGUUGUCAACGUUACAGAGAGGAGCUACCAUAGAAAUAAGAGUCCUUUAUAGAAAAUAAGAGUCCUUGAAAGCCCAACAAAGCACUGUAACUCUGUCAUAAGUGUUGAAUUGAAUAACUUCUUUCCUGACACUGAACAUAAUUCUCAGUACCUGUGGCCCAUUUUCCUUUAUUGGCAUAUUGCUGGAGGCAUUUAAAGAGCACUAUCAUUUAAUCACAAUCACCAUUUAAUCCAACUGAAGGCACUCCAAAUGUGCCAGUUUCUCUAGUAUUGGUCAGUGGUUCAGGAAGGUAGACCUUAAGUUUUCAACUAUUUUCUUUCAAAUGGACCCUGGAUGAUUUGGUAAAUGGUGGAGAAGUAAGCUGAUCGUUACAGUAGUAUCUUGUCUUUAUUUGUGGGCCAAUACCUGAGUUGUAUUGUGAGGGACAUCCUAUUCAUCGGCAGUCUGUGUAGGGAAUGAGUGAUUUCCAUGUCAACUCUUAUUGACAUUCUGUCAUUUCCUCUCCUGUGUGUGUGUGUGUGUGUGUGUGUGUGUGUCUAGAUGCAGAGUGGAAUGUUUGGCAGUAGCGGAGCAGCACUAUCCCGGGCCAUGCAGCAGCCUCCUCCUCAGCCGUCAGUGCCGCCUCUCGGCUCCUCCCAGCCUAGUCUACGCGCUCAAGUGCCUCAGUUUCUCACCCCUCAGGUACACACACACACACACACACACACACACACACACACACACUAUACCUCAGCGAAGUUUCUCUCCGUUCACACACACCACCUUGUUUUCUUUCCCCCAGCCUCAGGCUCUCCUCAUGACUCCUUUACUCUGCUGUUUGAAGAUACUUUGAGGUGUUCUGACAAACCUCUCAUCUCCUCUCUCUGUCUCCUUGUCCUCCCCUCCAGGUUCAAGCACAGCUCUUGCAGUUUGCCGCAAAAAACAUUGGUCUGAACCCUGCACUUUUAACCUCACCAAUAAACCCUCAACAAAUGACCCUGUUGUACCAACUUCAGCAACUGCAAAUGGUGAGUCAAAGGCAAAGGCCCCUGUCUGCAUUAGAAACAGGGUUCGUACUAACCGAACCAGACAGGAUGGGCCUGUCUGCAUUAGAAACAGGGUUUGUACUAACCGAACCAGACAGGAUGGGCCUGUCUGCAUUAGAAACAGGGUUUGUACUAACCGAACCAGACAGGAUGGGCCUGUCUGCAUUAGAAACAGGGUUUGUAAUAGCUGAACCAGACAGGAUGGGCUAUUCUUAUUGUAUUUUUUAUGGACACUCUCAGGGUACCCCACAGUCUUUUGGAUAAGGUGAUGACCCUUUCUCUCUCUCUUUCUUUUCAUCUUUCUUUCUCUCUCUUUUUUCUUUCUCUCUCUUUGCCUCUCUCUCUCUGUUUCUAGGCGUACCAGCGUUUACAAAUCCAACAGCAAAUGAUGCAAGCUCAGCGCAACGUAUCCGGCCCCAUCAGACAACAGGAGCAGCAAGUAAGAGGCCCCUGUUUCAACCCCUAUACAUUCUCAUCACUAUGUGUGACCCUCUGGGUCGUUCCAUUUGAUUUUAAUCACUUUUUGACCCCACCCCUUUUGAUUUUGAAUAAAACUUUCCAUACGUACAGUUGAAGUCGGAAGUUUACAUACACUUAGGUUGGAGUCAUUAAAACUCGUUUUUCAACCACUCCACAAAUUUCUUGUUAACAAACUAUUGUUUUGGGAAGUCGGUUAGGACAUCUACUGUGUGCAUGACACAAGUAAUUUUUCCAACAAUUGUUUACAGACAGAUUAUUUCACUUAUAAUUCACUGUAUCACAAUUCCAGUGAGUCUGAAGUUUACAUACACUAAGUUGACUGUGCCUUUAAACAGCUUGGAAAAUUCUAGAAAAUGAUGUCAUGGCUUUAGAAGCUUCUGAUAGGCUAAUUGACAUAAUUUGAGUCAAUUGGAGGUGUACCUGUGGAUGUAUUUCAAGGCCUACCUUCAAACUCAGUGCCUCUUUGCUUGUCAUCAUGGGAAAAUCAAAAGAAAUCAGCCAAGACCUCAGAAAAAAAUGUGUAGACCUCCACAAGUCUGGUUCAUCCUUGAGAGCAAUUUCCAAACGCCUGAAGGUACCACGUUCAUCUGUACAAACAAUAGUAUGCAAGUAUAAACACCAUGGGACCACGUAGCCGUCAUACCGCUCAGGAAGGAGACACGUUCUGUCUCCUAGAGAUGAACGUACUUUGGUGCGAAAAGUGCAAAUCAAUCCCAGAACAACAGCAAAGGACCUUGUGAAGAUGCUGGAGGAAACGGGUACAAAAGUAUCUGUAUCCACAGUAAAACGAGUCCUAUAUCGACAUAACCUGAAAGGCUGCUCAGCAAGGAAGAAGCCACUGCUCCAAAACCGCCAUAAAAAAGCCAGACUACGGUUUGCAACUGCACAUGGGGACAAAGAUCUUACUUUUUGGAGAAAUGUCCUCUGGUCUGAUGAAACAAAAAUAGAACUGUUUGGCCAUAAUGACCAUCAUUAUGUUUGGAGGAAAAAGGGGAAGGCUUGCAAGCCGAAGAACACCAUCCCAACCGUGAAGCACAGGGGUGGCAGCAUCAUGCUGUGGGGGUGCUUUGCUGCAGGAGGGACUGGUGCACUUCACAAAAUAGAUGGCAUCAUGAGGAAGGAAAAUUAUGUGGAUAUAUUGAAGCAACAUCUCAAGACAUCAGUCAGGAAGUUAAAGCUUGGUCGCAAAUGGGUCUUCCAAAUGGACAAUGACCCCAAGCAUACUUCCAAAGUUGUGGCAAAAUGGCUUAAGGACAACAAAGUCAAGGUAUUGGAGUGGCCAUCACAAAGCCCUGACCUCAAUCCUAUAGAAAAUGUGUGGGCAGAACUGAAAAGGCGUGUGCGAGCAAGGAGGCCUACAAACCUGACUCAGUUACACCAGCUCUGUCAGGAGGAAUGGGCCAAAAUUCACCCAACUUAUUGUGGGAAGCUUGUGGAAGGCUACCUGAAACGUUUGACCCAAGUUAAACAAUUUAAAGGCAAUGCUACCAAAUACUAAUUGAGUGUAUGUAAACCUCUGACCCACAGGGAAUGUGAUGAAAGAAAUAAAAGCUGAAAGAAAUCGUUCUCUCUACUAUUAUUCUGACAUUUCACAUUCUUAAAAUAAAGUGGUGAUCCUAACUGACCUAAGACAGGGAAUUGUUACUAGGAUUAAAUGUCAGGAAUUGUGAAAAACUGAGUUUAAAUGUAUUUGGCUAAAGUGUAUGUGAACUUCCGACUUCAACUGUAUUUGCCCAUGGUAGAAUUGGUCAGAAAGUGAGAAGAUGGAGGUGCUCAAAGUUUACCCAUUUUGCCUUACCUACAUCCAUGUCUUCAUCACUGGAAAAGAUAAACGGUUGAGUUUGAUAUGAUUUAAAAGCUUACAAACUAUUUUAUAAUUUCAAGAAAUAAAUGUUUUUUUAUACAAAAUAAUAAUAUCCUUUAAUGUCAAUUAUCUAAAAACCGCAUAUUUUGUCAUUUAGACCCUCUAUGACAUCAUCUGAGUUUUUUUUUUGUGCCUGCCAUUGGUUGAGACACAGCAUGCUCUUGAAUACUGGGUGGGUGUCAUUUCAAUCAUAGAAAUAGAAUGGACAUAUCCCUUCAAACUGGUGAUAAUUACCUGGUACAUCAUUGACAUUUGAAUUGAAAUGUUUACUUCCAAUUACUACGACAAAGAUGGCCGCCGGUCCACCAUCGACUGUCAACAUAAAUGUCUAUUCUAUUAUUUAUAUUAUUUCAAUAGGUUUCCUAUGGAAGACAUACAGUAUAAUAUAAAACUGAUAUUCCCAUUCAAGUCAACAUUCUCUGAUGUGUGGACCUCCAACCAUCUUUGUGCUACCAUUUGAAAGUGAAAUGUAAAAUGUAUUCCCAUUUUAGAACAUCCACCCUGUAUUCAAGAACAUGCUGUGUCUCAAACACCUCAGAUGAUUUCAAAUAGGGUCUAAGCUACAAAAUAUGCGAAAAUGAAAAUAAUCAGUUUACAAAUGUAAAAAUGACGAUUAAAAAAUGUAUAAUCAUACUAUAGAUAUGAUGUGCUAUAAUUUGUAUUGUUUAUUAUGAGUGUUGAAAUAGACCGGAUAUGCUUACUUAAAGCUGCGUGUGAGUCAGGAGAAAUGUGUUUAUCAAAAGCAUCUCCAGUUGCUCAAACUUGCUAUUUCUCCAGAAUGGAUAGAGAAGUGGUUACAGAAGCCGGCUGCUUGUGUGGUUGGAUCCUCUUUUCUUGCAAAAAUGGGAACUUCUGUAAAAUAAUCUGUGAUAAGACACUAAAGCACGGUUUCCCAAACACUUUUGGCACACCACCCAAUUUUGAUAUCUGAACAUUCUCGCGACCCCAACCAUGUGAUUAACAGCCAAUGUUUACUUUUUUUAUUGGGGCUAUGGCAGUCAAUUGCAAAACAUUCUAACAGUUUUUCUGAUUGUAUUCGCAACUCGGCAUCAUAUACAGUGGGGAGAACAAGUAUUUGAUACACUGCCGAUUUUGCAGGUUUUCCUACUUAUAAAGCAUGUAGAGGUCUGUAAUCCAGAAAAUCACAUUGUAUGAUUUUUAAGUAAUUAAUUUGCAUUUUAUUGCAUGACAUACAGUGGGGGGAAAAAAGUAUUUAGUCAGCCUCCAAUUGUGCAAGUUCUCCCACUUCAAAAGAUGAGAGAGGCCUGUAAUUUUCAUCAUAGGUACACGUCAACUAUGACAGACAAAUUGAGGGAAAAAAAUCCAGAAAAUCACAUUGUAGGAUUUUUUAUGAAUUUAUUUGCAAAUUAUGGUGGAAAAUAAGUAUUUGGUCACCUACAAACAAGCAAGAUUUCUGGCUCUCACAGACCUGUAACUUCUUCUUUAAGAGGCUCCUCUGUCCUCCACUCGUUACCUGUAUUAAUGGCACCUGUUUACAUUUACAUUUACAUCAUUUAGCAGACGCUCUUAUCCAGAGCGACUUACAGUUAGUGAAUACAUUUUAUUUAUUUAUUUUUUAUACUGGCCCCCCGUGGGAAUCAAACCCACAACCCUGGCGUUGCAAACACCAUGCUCUAUCAACUGAGCUACAUCCCUGCCGGCCAUUCCCUCCCCUACCCUGGACGACGCUGGGCCAAUUGUGCGCCGCCCAUGAGUCUCCCGGUCGCGGCCGGCUGCGACAGAGCCUGGAUUCGAACCAGGAUCUCUAGUGGCACAGUUAGCACUGCGAUGCAGUGCCUUAGACCACUGCGCCACUCAGGAGACAUAUAAAAGACACCUGUCCACAACCUCAAACAGUCACACUCCAAACUCCACUAUGGCCAAGACCAAAGAGCUGUCAAAGGACACCAGAAACAAAAGUGUAGACCUGCACCAGGCUGGGAAGACUGAAUCUGCAAUAGGUAAGCAGCUUGGUUUGAAGAAAUCAACUGUGGGAGCAAUUAUUAGGAAAUGGAAGACAUACAAGACCACUGAUAAUCUCCCUCGAUCUGGGGCUCCACGCAAGAUCUCACCCCGUGGGGUCAAAAUGAUCACAAGAACGGUGAGCAAAAAUCCCAGAACCACAUGGGGGGACAUAGUGUAUGACCUGCAGAGAGCUGGGACCAAAGUAACAAAGCCUACCAUCAGUAACACACUAUGCCGCCAGGGACUCAAAUCCUGCAGUGCCAGACGUGUCCCCCUGCUUAAGCCAGUACAUGUCCAGGCCUGUCUGAAGUUUGCUAGAGUGCAUUUGGAUGAUCCAGAAGAGGAUUGGGAGAAUGUCAUAUGGUCAGAUGAAACCAAAAUAGAACUUUUUGGUAAAAACUCAACUUGUCGUGUUUGGAGGACAAAGAAUGCUGAGUUGCAUCCAAAGAACACCAUACCUACUGUGAAGCAUGGGGGUGGAAACAUCAUGCUUUGGGGCUGUUUUUCUGCAAAGGGACCAGGACGACUGAUCCGUGUAAAGGAAAGAAUGAAUGGGCCCAUGUAUCGUGAGAUUUUGAGUGAAAACCUCCUUCCAUCAGCAAGGGCAUUGAAGAUGAAACGUGGCUGGGUCUUUCAGCAUGACAAUGAUCCCAAACACACCGCCCGGGCAACGAAGGAGUGGCUUCGUAAGAAGCAUUUCAAGGUCCUGGAGUGGCCUAGCCAGUCUCCAGAUCUCAACCCCAUAGAAAAUCUUUGGAGGGAGUUGAAAGUCCGUGUUGCCCAGCGACAGCCCCAAAACAUCACUGCUCUAGAGGAGAUCUGCAUGGAGGAAUGGGCCAAAAUACCAGCAACAGUGUGUGAAAACCUUGUGAAGACUUACAGAAAACGUUUGACCUGUGUCAUUGCCAACAAAGGGUAUAUAACAAAGUAUUGAGAAACUUUUGUUAUUGACCAAAUACUUAUUUUCCACCAUAAUUUGCAAAUAAAUUCAUUAAAAAUCCUACAAUGUGAUUUUCUAGAUUUCUUUUUCUCAUUUUGUCUGUCAUAGUUGACGUGUACCUAUGAUGAAAAUUACAGGCCUCUCUCAUCUUUUUAAGUGGGAGAACUUGCACAAUUGGUGGCUGACUAAAUACUUUUUUUCCCCACUGUAAGUAUUUGAUCACCUACCAACCAGUAAGAAUUCCGGCUCUCACAGACCUGUUUGUUUUUCUUUAAGAAGCCCUCCUGUUCUCCACUCAUUACCUGUAUUAACUGCACCUGUUUGAACUCAUUACCUGUAUAAAAGACACCUGUCCACACACUCAAUCAAACAGACUCCAACCUCUCCACAAUGGCCAAGACCAGAGAGCUGUGUAAGGACAUCAGGGAUAAAAUUGUAGACCUGCACAAGGCUGGGAUGGGCUACAGGACAAUAGGCAAGCAGCUUGGUGAGAAGGCAACAACUGUUGGCGCAAUUAUUAGAAAAUGGAAGAAGUUCAAGAUGACGGUCAAUCACCCUCGGUCUGGGGCUCCAUGCAAGAUCUCACCUCGUGGGGCAUCAAUGAUCAUGAGGAAGGUGAGGGAUCAGCCCAGAACUACACGGCAGGACCUGGUCAAUGACCUGAAGAGAGCUGGGACCACAGUCUCAAAGAAAACCAUUAGUAACACACUACACCGUCAUGGAUUAAAAUCCUGCAGCGCACGCAAGGUCCCCCUGCUCAAGCCAGCGCAUGUCCAGGCCCGUCUGAAGUUUGCCAAUGACCAUCUGGAUGAUCCAGAGGAAGAAUGGGAGAAGGUCAUGUGGUCUGAUGAGACAAAAAUAGAGCUUUUUGGUCUAAACUCCACUCGCCUUGUUUGGAGGAAGAAGAAUGAUGAGUACAACCCCAAGAACACCAUCCCAACCGUGAAGCAUGGAGGUGGAAACAUCAUUCUUUGGGGAUGCUUUUCUGCAAAGGGGACAGGACGACUGCACCGUAUUGAGGGGAGGAUGGAUGGGGCCAUGUAUCGCGAGAUCUUGGCCAACAACCUCCUUCCCUCAGUAAGAGCAUUGAAGAUGGGUCGUGGCUGGGUCUUCCAGCAUGACAACGACCCGAAACACACAGCCAGGGCAACUAAGGAGUGGCUCCGUAAGAAGCAUCUCAAGGUCCUGGAGUGGCCUAGCCAGUCUCCAGACCUGAACCCAAUAGAAAAUCUUUGGAGGGAGCUGAAAGUCCGUAUUGCCCAGCGACAGCCCCGAAACCUGAAGGAUCUGGAGAAGGUCUGUAUGGAGGAGUGGGCCAAAAUCCCUGCUGCAGUGUGUGCAAACCUGGUCAAGACCUACAGGAAACGUAUGAUCUCUGUAAUUGCAAACAAAGGUUUCUGUACCAAAUAUUAAGUUCUGCUUUUCUGAUGUAUCAAAUACUUAUGUCAUGCAAUAAAAUGCAAAUUAAUUACUUAAAAAUCAUACUAUGUGAUUUUCUGGAUUUUUGUUUUAGAUUCCGUCUCUCACAGUUGAAGUGUACCUAUGAUAAAAAUUACAGACCUCUACAUGCUUUGUAAGUAGGAAAACCUGCAAAAUCGGCAGUGCAUCAAAUACUUGUUCUCCCCACUGUACUUUUAAUGUGGGGCUAUGAGAGUCAAUUGCAAAUUAGUUUGACAUAAUUGAUAUCUCACCACCACUAAUGAGAUGGGUGUGCUUGAUGCGUGUCGCGUCUGAGCUUCUCAAAGUCAGGGGCCAUGGUCGACAGUGCGCACCUCAUCUCUCCUGUCACAUCCAACCUGGAUUUAUAUUUGUUUUUAAUGCAGACGAGAGCACUGAAUCGGCAUACUAUGGGUUUUAAUGCUCAGAGGGAGACGGCACAGUAUUUCCUUUGAGUCAGGAACCAAAACUCCUCCAUAGUGACCCGUGAAUGCGAUGUCUGCAACAUUCGGUCACAUCAGCUCGAUCAGCUGUUCGAUUUCACUUACCGACAUGUCACCUGAGCCAGGAUCACAAACGGAUUUCGCUGAUUCGGUCACUCAUCUGUAGAUUUUUUUUUUGUAUUUGCCCUGCAUGCUUGCGUUCAGUUCGUUCAGUUUCCCAAAUAUGUCUGUUACAUAGGCAAGGAGACAAAAAAAAAUGUAAUUACACAAAGUCAACGUACUGUUUUUUACAUCCAUUGCGAAUGACAAUUCCUCUCAAUUCAAAAAAAUCUUUCCAACACCCCCUCGAUAACCACCAAGCCUUGGUGUGAAAUGAAACAUUGUCAUGCUCUGAUCCCAUAUCUCCACAUAGUUUUGCGCGAUGUAGUUUACAAUCGAAGUUACCUGCUGCAUAUCGCUGAGUUCUGCGCUCAGCCCUUUUGCCACCAGUUGCUGUCGGUGUAUCCAUUAUAGCUCAGUGGGUGUAUCAUACAAUGCGUCUAUAUGGCAGAGGGAGACACAUUCAUAAUUAGAGUAGAAUCCAUUUUUCGUCAAUAUAGCCACGCAGCGCACUGAACAUCACCUGUGCUGUUUCAUGCUCGGGAAUCAUGAGACAGAACAUAAUGUCCUCGUGAAUAGCAUCCCCCGACAUGUAGGGAACUAAAGUCAAUGCGUGGGCAUCUCUGCCCUCACAGCUAAUGUCCAUUUGGAGAGCAUAAGGUGGGGAGUUUGAGUCGUUCAGUCAGUUUCCUCUUGAUUGCUAGCUAUAGCAUCAAUUCUUAGUUUCACAGUGAUAUCGGACAAAGGUAUUGAUGUGAUUUUCUGUGCCUCUGGCUCCCCACACAUUGUUUUCACCAUAUCAAUUGUGGUCGGUAAUAUCAGUCUCUACAAUAGUGUGUGGUUUCAGCCAUUCACUGUGGCAAUGAUUCAAGUGCAACGGUCAAGUGCAGCCUUUUCCCACGACCUAAGGGCGCUCUCUGGUUGAAUUUUUACUUUUAGAUUUGAAUAAUUUUCAUUUAGAUUUUUUAGGUUAACCACAUUUACAAUGAUUUUGAGAGACAAAGCUGACCCCAUUUUCAUAGACCCCUAGUUUGGGAAGCGCUGCACUAAAGGCAGUCUAAGUGACUUGACUGUUGAUGAGGUGCUGAUUGUAGGAGUCAUGUCAUGGGUCUGUUGGACUUAUACCCCCUCUCUCUCUCUCUCUCUCUUCUCUCUCUCUUUUUCUCUCUCUCUCUUUUUCUCUUUUUCUUUCUUUCCCCCUUCCCCUCCAGGUUGCACGUACAAUCAAUAACAUGCAGCAACAGAUCCAACAGCACCAGCGUCAGCUGUACCAGGCCCUGCUGAUGAAGCAGCAGCCCCCCGGCUCCCACUCCUCCUCCGGCCUGCACCCUGGCCAAGGCAAAUCAGCCCUGGACUCGUUCCCAGGCCACCCCCAGGCUCCGGGCCUCUCCGACCUGCACACCAAAGAGCCGCAGUCUUCUCCCAACUCCUACAGCCCCUACCCCCUCUGUGAGUCUAGCACACAGAUCUACACUCACACACGCACUCCUUCAGCCCUUACGCUCUCUUUACACCUCUCUCAAACUAGCUGUUUGUAUAGCUAGUAAGUAUUAUAUACGUCAAUAUACAGUUGAAGUCGGAAGUUUACAUACACCUUAGCCAAAUACAUUUAAACUCAGUUUUUCACAAUUCCUGACAUUUUAUCCUAGUAAAACUUCCCUGUCUUAGUUCAGUUACGAUCACCAGUUUUAUUUUAAGAAUGUGAAAUGUCAGAAUAAUAGUAGAGAGUGAUUUAUUUCAGCUUUUGUUUAUUUCUUCACAUUCCCAGUGGGUCAGAAGUUUACAUACACUCAAUUAGUAUUUGGUAGCAUUGCCUUUAAAUUGUUUAACUUGGGUCAAACGUUUCAGGUAGCCUUCCACAAGCUUCCCACAAUAAGUUGGGUGAAUUUUGGCCCAUUCCUCCUGACAGAGCUGGUGUAACUGAGUCAGGUUUGUAGGCCUCCUUGCUCGCACACGCCUUUUCAGUUCUGCCCACACAUUUUCUAUAGGAUUGAGGUCAGGGCUUUGUGAUGGCCACUCCAAUACCUUGACUUUGUUGUCCUUAAGCCAUUUUGCCACAACUUUGGAAGUAUGCUUGGGGUCAUUGUCCAUUUGGAAGACCCGUUUGCGACCAAGCUUUAACUUCCUGACUGAUGUCUUGAGAUGUUGCUUCAAUAUAUCCACAUAAUUUUCCUUCCUCAUGAUGCCAUCUAUUUUGUGAAGUGCACCAGUCCCUCAUGCAGCAAAGCACCCCCACAGCAUGAUGCUGCCACCCCCGUGCUUCACGGUUGGGAUGGUGUUUUUCGGCUUGCAAGCCCCCCCCCUUUUCCUCCAAACAUAACGAUGGUCAUUAUAGGCAAACAGUUAUAUUUUUGUUUCAUCAGACCAGAGGACAUUUCUCCAAAAAGUAUCAUCUUUGUCCCCAUGUGCAGUUGCAAACCGUAGUCUGUUUUUUUUAUGGCGGUUUUGGAGCAGUGGCUUCUUCCUUGCUGAGCGGCCUUUCAGGUUAUGUCGAUAUAGGACUCGUUUUACUGUGGAUAUAGAUACUUUUGUACCUGUUUCUUCCAGCAUCUUCACAAGGUCCUUUGUUGUUCUGAUUUGCACUUUUCGCACCAAAGUACGUUCAUCUCUAGGAGACAGAACGCAUCUCCUUCCUGAGCGGUAUGACAACUGCGUGGUCCCAUGGUGUUUAUACUUGAGUACUAUUGUUUGUUCAGAUGAAUGUGGUACCUUCAGGCAUUUGGAAAUUGCUCCCAAGGAUGAACCAGACUUGUGUAGGUCUACAAUUGUAUUUCUGAGGUCUUGGCUGAUUUCUUUUGAUUUUCCCAUGAUGUCAAGCAAAGAGGCACUGAGUUUGAAGGUAGGCCUUGAAAUGCAUCCACAGGUACACCUCCAAUUGACUCAAAUGAUGUCAAUUAGCCUAUCAGAAGCUUCUAAAGCCAUGACAUCAUUUUCUGGAAUUUUCCAAGCUGUUUAAAGGCACAGUCAACUUAGUGUAUGUAAACUUCUGACCCACUGGAAUUGUGAUACAGUGAAUUAUAAGAGAUAUAAUCUGUCUGUAAACAAUUGUUGGAAAAAUUACUUGUCAUUCACAAAGGAGAUGUCCUAACCGACUGUAAGUCCCUGCAAUGUCCUACUUUAUCUCUCUGGUUUGUGUUGAGCUGUGUAUUCAAUGUUCAUGAUUUUUUUCUCUUUUAGCUGGACUCAAUCCAAACAUGAAUGUAAACUGCAUGGAGGUGGGGGGCCUGUCCAUGAAGGAGCCUCCCCAGCCCCAGUCCCGCCUGUCCCAGUGGACCCACCCCAACUCCAUGGACAGCCUCUCUGGAAACUCCUCUCACAUGGAGGCCAACCUCAAUAAGCACGGUAGGAGGAACACUACGAACUGUAUGACAAAGUCAUAUUCAAUACAACAGUUUUUUCCCUCAGGGGCAAUAAAUAUACAUAUACACGCUGUCAAACAAGAAAUCAAUCUAUUAGUCAUCUCGAUAGGGAAAUUGGGUUUGCUGCUCUCUUAGUAGUUUUCUUGUAAGAAAUAGUAACUUUCAGUUGACUCGCGUUGAAUGACAGUGUGACAAAUAACAUUUGAUUAACGUAUUUCACACCAACUCUCUCACAAGCCAACAAACAGACAGUCUCUGGGUUUCUUUCACACUGUUUUGCAUUCACAACAGAGAUGUUAACGCUGGAAAUAAAACAUGUGAGCCACAAACACCACCUCCCCUAACCUCUCCCACUGUGGAGCGAGCAACAAGCUGCUGUUCUGCCCUUUUUUAUAGUAAUCAAUGUGUACCGGUAAACAGGCGUUGUCAUUACUCGGAAGGCUUUUGUAUGUUUCCACAUGUCUCAAUGAUGAAACAGUGUGGGAAAUCUCGUCUGGAAGUAUUCAGUGUGAAAUCAAUUGUUUGUUUAUCUCUUUAGUGUCUGACAUUUAAAAUGACUAUCUAUUUCUCAAAUUAUGUCUCACGUUGGUAUUCAUCUGGAUGGAUCCUUGAGACCCAGUGUUCCUUUUACUCUCCAUACUCCACUAAGAGCAACACUGACAACCACUCUUACUUUGUCGUGUUUUUAAGCUUUCUAUGAUAAAAAAAAAAAAAAAAAUGUUUGUACUCCAACGGCUGAGACAUCUAUACAUGUAUUUUAAAUGUCAAAAUACAUUAAUUAAUUCCUUGUCCUAGGUGCCAUUUCUGCUGCCUCUAACCUGGGUCCCCCUGGAAAGCCCCCCCACAUGGAUGACUCCUACAGCCCCUACAAUAUGAUGGGUGGGUCUGAGUCCCCCACCUCCCCCCUGGUUCCCCCUGACAGCUGGGGCCAGGGACCGGGCAAGAGCCCCAAGGACCAGAUCACCAACGGCACCAAUAUCAACUGGCCCCCAGGUUGGUAGCGAAGACAGACACUUCUAAAUCCCUUUCAAUCAGAUCAAACUUUAUUUCACACAAGAUCAUGACACACUUUAACGAAAGGGAGGAUAAAGAAAAGAGAAACAUACAACUAUUUUGAUAAUUUGAGAGAAAAUAUUUAGAAAGGAAAACACGUAUUUAAAUUGUUCCCCACAACAUCAUGUGAGUUUAAAGGUUAAAUAACCAAUGUACUGACUGUAUUGUCCUCCAUGUUGUCUCCUCAGAGUUCUGUCCAGGCGUGCCCUGGAAGGGCCUGCAGAACAUUGACCCUGAGAACGACCCCAACAUGACCCCAGGAAGUGUUCCCAGCGGCCCCACCAUCAACACCAACAUCCAGGACGUCAACCGCUACCUGCUCCGGGACCGCAGUGGAGGUGAGGAAGGGGUCUAUCAGGGAGACAGGGUCUGGAGUUACUUGCCUUUGUUAGGAUGCACGGAUCGUCAAAUAGACUGUAUACAUUCAUUAACAGGGCAGGUCUCUGCUGUUGAUGCUCAAACAGGUUUUGACUUGUAUUAAUGUAUUGACAUUUCACUGUAUUGACAACUUUUAGCUAAUCCUAUUCCUUUCCAUGGCACUGAAGGGGUUACAGUACUACCUCACUUGUUGUGGCCGUGCCAUCCAGUAGCACAGGCCCUAUUGAAUUGAUACAGUUUCUUUAAAUCAAGUUGUACAUGUUUCUUUCCCCACCACCCCCUCUGUCCAUAACAAUGGGUCCCACGGCUAGGCUCUUCCCCUCCUUCACCACCUCAGAACGGUGCUCUGCCCCCCUCCAGCGACUGGCCAGUCAGUGGCUGCUACACUAGCUCUUUCAGUCUGUCCUCCCCGGAUGAGGAGAGUGCAGGUACAGAGUACAGCCCCCCCCCCCAGCCCCUAUGUGGACUUGCUGACCCCUUGACCACCAUGCUUGACCCCCCUUUCCCCUAAUUACCACCAUAGCAACACACCUCUAUCCUAUUGUUUGUGUGUGUGGUCUGUGUUUGUUGAUAUGAGUGUUACGGUAGAUAGGUCCUUCCUUUGCCUAAUUGAAUCCUACUACCCAGUGCUGGUGUAUCAAGUGCUCCACAAUGUGAUUGCAUUGUACUCCUCAUGGAAUGAAAAGUUUGAGUGUUUGAAUCAAGAAAUGCUUUGAAUGUUGUGGCCCUAGACCCGUAUGCAUAAGCAUGUGUUGACGUGAAAUUGUUGUUGCAGUUAAGCAACCCACUUAGAAUUGCUAUGAAGUCUUGAAAAAUGUCCCCUUUUUAAAUGUCUGUUUUUACAUUCAUGUUUCCUGUAGAGUCUCCAAUAUGACUCCUAUAAACCGAUGAAGUCAAGAUUGAGGUUUAUUGUUGAUGAACAAGUGUUAAUAUGGGGCUUCAUUUUAAAACUUUGCAUCUGCCCAAAGUUAGUUAGAUUUCAAAGAAAAUCUUUCUAAUAACAGAUUAUAGGCCUACAUAAAUUGUCUCAAUCUCUCAUAGAACAUAGGCUUCCAUAGAGGGUCUCCAUCUCUACAACAGUAUCUCAUAUGUUCCCCUCUUUUCUCUCUCAGGUAAACUAUCUGACAUGAAGUCCACCUGGUCCCCGGGGCCCAUCUCCCACCCCUCCCAGGCCUCUCUGUCCCACGAGCUGUGGAAGGUCCCCCAGGGGCCCCGCAACAACACAGCCCCCUCCAGGCCACCUCCGGGCCUCACCAACCCCACCAAGCCCUCUUCCACCUGGGGAGGAAACUCCUUGGGUCUGGCCCAAGGCUGGAGCAGUUCAUACACCUCAGGUGAGAUGCCACACUACAACUCCCCAGCCUGAAAUAUAGACCAGGGGAGUUACGCUGUAACAAGUGUAAAGACUAAAACCUGGUAAUAUACCUAGUAGAGGAAAAUCAACUAACACUAUGAUCAGGGGUUUGGACUUAGUCGUUUUGAGAUUGAUUAAAAGUCAAUUCAUGACUUGAUGCUCAUUGAAAACCAUUGAGUUGACCCUCGAUUUCUGCCUACACUACCUUGUGCUUUGUCAACAUCCUACACAUUUACCUAAAGAAGCAUAGCUUCUCCUAUGUGUGGUCGCUGUAUAGUGUGAUGCUCCCCCACUAUGUUUUAUGCUCCUCUCCCCUCCUCACUCGCUGUAGUAAGGUGGAGUCAGACACACCUCGCUGUGGUUAGAGGCCCUUGUCUCACUGAAGUCUUGUGGUUUACCAGAUAAGACUAAAGGAUUGUUGUCAUGGCUUCAAAGAGAACCGUAACUGUGUGACCUUAUUUUUGCACGAGUCCUUAAGCUAACACUGAUGUAAAAGUGCUUACAUGAGACAAUGUUCUCAUGUUUUAAAUGUGUUUUGAAUAAAACAUUUUUUAUAUUUUAUAAAUAUAUAUUUUUUACAAUAAACAUGCAUAGACAAAAACAAUAGACAAUUUAACAUUUACAUACAUAGAAAUAUGUUUUCAUCAAUAGAAGACAAGUUAUUGACCAAAAAGGAUUUAUUUAUAUUUUGUGUGGAACUGAAUGUUGACUGAUCAUGUUUCUCUCAGAGGGCUCCACCUGGAGCACAGACAGCUCCAACAGGACCAGUAGCUGGCUGGUCCUGAGGAACCUCACCCCCCAGAUAGACGGCUCCACCCUGCGGACGCUGUGCAUGCAGCACGGCCCCCUCAUCACAUUCCACCUCUUCCUGACCCAGGGAAACGCUGUGGUGCGCUACAGCUCCAAGGAGGAGGCUGCCAAGGCCCAGAAGUCCCUGCACAUGUAAGACUCCCAUACUUGAAGGGAAAAACUACUCAAAACCACUCUGGAUUUUGCAUCGUCAUGAUGAUGUGGCCGGUGACACUUUGCUUCUUGAAAGUCCAAUAUCUUGAAAGCUUGACUGCUGACAUGCAAAACAUUUUGGGACUGUGGACUAAUAACAAAAUAUAGUUUUUGAGUGGAUUUUCCCUUUAACCCAUACUCUAUGCUGUUCAGGGUAGUGAUUAUCUCCAUCUAACCUAAAACAACACACAAAAUAUUGUCUCAACCUCCAGGCUAUAUACAUCUCACUGACAAAAUAUCAACGCCUAUUAGGAAAUACUUGUACUGUACUUCACCACGUGUAAGAAAAUACAUUUUGAUACUGUAACAUCUGUAAGUAUGUGAUGUAUAACUGAGUCCUUUCCUGCUCCUAGGUGUGUGCUGGGGAACACCACCAUCCUGGCGGAGUUUGCCGGGGAGGAGGAGGUGAACCGCUACUUUGCACAAGGCCAGCAGCAGCAGCAGCUUCCGCCCACCACAAGCUGGCAGCCCAACCCCGGCACCAAUCAGACGCGCAUGGGCGGAGGCUCGCAGCAGCACGCUAUUGGCCAUCACUGGAGCAGCGGUGGUGGCGGCCUGGGGGGAGGAGCCAAGACGGGUGGAGGCGGAGACCUGCUGUGGGGGGGCGUGCCCCAGUACUCCAGCCUGUGGGGGCCCCCUAGUGGCGAUGAUAGUCGCGGUGUCAUCGGGAGCCCCAACCCCAUCAACACGCUGUUGCCAGGCGACCUGCUGAGUGGAGAGUCCAUGUAG